ACUACUAAUACUACUACUACUGCUACUACUACAACAACAACAACUACUACUACUACUACUACUACUACUACUACUACUACUACUACUACUACUACUACUACCACUACCACUACCACUACCACUACCACUACCACUACCACUACCACUACCACUACCACUUCCACUACCACUACCACUACCACUACCACUACCACUACCACUACCACUACCACUACUGCUACUGCUAUUGCUGCUGCUCCUCCUCCUCGUCAUCGUCGUCCUCCUCCUCCUCGAAUAUUUAUCCAGGAUAACCCUCAGUACAAAGAGCUGUUAUCAACGGGGACCUGCUGACUAAGAGUUGAAACUAAUAAAUAAGAGUUACUAAUUAAAAAUAAUCAUGUAAAAUAAAAUACAUAAAACAAAGCAAACAGGCAAUAAGGUAAAGCACCGUUCGAGACAACAAUAGAAAUUACAAGUAAUAAUCGUCCUGGGUUUUCCUAAAUAAAACUCUAGAAUUAAUGAGUCUUCAACUUGAAAGCAAGGAAAAUACGGAAAAUAUAAAAACUACGGCCUGUAAAAUCGUGUUCAGUGACCUUUCGCAGUUUUGCUGUUUUACCAUUGUUUUUAAAGUGUUUAAAGCGUUACGAUGUGAUCGUUGACAAUGAUUUUUAAAUGGAAAACAUGCAGUACCAUUAAGACAGUCAAAUACAAAAUAGCAUGCUGUCUUUUGUAAAACCUUGUCAAUUAUUAAAAAUCGAAGACCACAGUUCUACGGACUGAAUUUCGGGUAAAUGAUUUCGAGACUUUGUUUCCCAAUGGAGGGGAUCACGCGUUUUCGGGACUCUGGCCAUGCAAGAUUAUUAUAGCCGCAGUACGUAAAUAUUGGCAUAAUCAUCGAUUGGUAAAUUCUGUGGGCACUAAAAGUAACAAUGCUGGAACGGAUGCGCCUUUUAUGGGGAUUACUCUUCCUUCUGGCUUCUUGUAAAAUUUUGUUAAAAUGCAUUUCAUAGUUAAGUGUCCGGAUCCAGAUGCACGCCGAGGUACUUGCAAUUGUAACAUUCAGUGCUGUUGAUAGGAGAACCCCUGACUGAGAGCUUGACUUACCAGAACCAAACAGCAUCACCUCAGAUUAAAGAUGAGUUCAUUAUCACAAAACCAAUUAGAGAGAUUAUCCAAGUCCUGGGAAAGGUUGCCUUGAAUCGCAUCGAUAUCACUCUGACUAGAGGAUGAAAAGAUCACUGUGUCAUUGGCUUAGGUGAUAAUCUUACAAUGACGAAGGGGAAUAUGCACAUCAUUAAACAUGAUGAGAUAAAAGGAGAGGCCCCAGAAUUGUUCCUUUAGGAACUCCGGUGCAAACUAUAUUUGGUUCAGGAAGCACACCAUUAAAUCGAACGAUCUGCUUGCGAAGGAAUAAAUAAUCAAUCAUUCAUUGUAGUUCCAUAAUACGCCAUAACGGGACAGAGAACGGAAUGACGGAAUACCUAUAUCAAUACAUGUGCUAAAUUUAAGUUAUAAUUCAUUAGUAAAAUAUAGAAGGGAAUAAAAUCUAACAAAAUUUGAUUAAAACGCCGAAUUAUUAUUUUGGAAAAAAAUAUAAAAAACAGACUUUUUAGAGUAAACAUUUGUUGAUUAAUCGGUUUCUCCUUGUGUUUUAACUCAUCACCUGGUUUAUUAACGUAACAUCCACAGCUUCGGAGCUUUCCAGACUAGAAUAGAUGCCAAAUAAAUGCUAUAAAAAAUAAAUGAGAAACAGGUUUCCUACUCCUGUCUACUGACAAUGAGAUCGCUUUCGAAUGCUCUCUAAGGAUAAAAGGACUGGCUACUACAAUAUUUAUUAACUGCUUAUCUCAGUUAAUUCGCACUUAAAAUUUUUAAGUAAAACGUGUGAUGUUUACUAGCGACCAUGGGUUUAACAAGCAUCACAUGACUUAAUAGGGGUCAUCAAUUUACAGUGAAUGCUUGCGCUGGCGUAGCCUUGACGAGAAUGCGUCUGACAUUUCGCGACGCCACCAAGAUUCCGCCGCAAAAUGAAACCAAGUGUUGGCUCUCGGGUUAGUUUUACAGUGCCUUCGCAUCUUGUUUGGUAAUAUACCGACAAAGAACCUAUUGGCGAAGUUACUGUCGCGAAGGAGGUUUGAAAAUCAGAUCUGAGCUUGAAAUUUCUCUAAGAAUAUCCCACAUUAUAUCAAACGCUUGAAUUGUUUAAUCUGAUAUUCAGACAUUACGAAAGCUUCAGGUGCACUUUUUAACGGUUAUACCCUUCAAAUGCAUGCAUCAGUGUCUUUUUUGGACCCACAUAAAGAUGUUCCCUUGCGGGUAUAAACACCAAUCUCUGAUUCGAUAUUUCUUCAGGCUGAUGAAAAUUUUUUGAUACCAUCAUUUCCUCCCUUUUAUAACAGAGUGCACAACCGCAUCCAUCUCUUGGUAUCGUUACAAUCGCGUUAGCGCUUAUUCAGCCGAUCAUGGCGGCAUUCAGACCACACCCUGGAGAACCCAAGUAAGAUUAAACUCUUUAUACAGCUACGAUAAGAGAUUAGUGUCGAAGUUAAUAACGCUUUAUUAAAACUGAGGGGAUUGAAGCCAUGAGCAAGAGACUACUGGCACCGUACAAACGACUUAUUGAGCUGCUCAAGGUCCCUGAAAACCGACAGCCACAGAAUAAAUGGACCACCGAUAAUUGUCAUUUGAAGUCAAUCUUUUUAUUUUCCUCCAGUCGCCAUGUCGCCAUGUCACGCAUAUGGCAAAACAUCUUUCUCAUGAUCUUAUGAUAAUAAUUACAAUAAUAAUUGUUAUUAUUAUUAUUAUUGUUAUUAUUAUCAUUAUUACUAUUUUAAAGGAAAUAAAGGGAGAUGUAAAGAAUCAACCAUAAAUGGACACAGAAAAAAUCUGAGCCCCAGACGGGAUUCGAACCCACGACCCUCCGUGUUCUAGAUCGGAUGCUCUAACCUCUGAGCUACUGACGACUCGUUGGCGAGCAAGGGUCAUUUUUGUGGGUUGGACUUGCGAACCGCAUCUCGCAGUCACACAGUCCAUCACAAGCAACCUAUUUAGGCUUAACUGUAUCACACAGUCACAUUAAUAGUAAGAAAUGCCUCACCCACGAAGGAGCCUCCAACCAACCAACCUAUGCCAACGCCAGCCUAUGCCACUGCCACUGCCACUGCGUCCUCUUAUGGUUGAUUCUUUACAUAUCCCUUUAUUUCCUUUCCAAUAUUAAUAUCAGUGGCAUAGGUUGCUUUAUUAUUAUUUUAGUGUGAAAUUUCAUAGUGUGUCAGCAACGAAAGCAUGGACGAAUGGUAAUAAAUGAACCAAAAUAUCUUGUAUCCACUUAUUUAAUGCAUAUUCUCGAACCCAUGCAUGCAAUUCCCCAGCCAUGACUAACACAGAAGUCAGCCAUAGAAUAAAUUAUCUUGGUUAUAUAAUUUUGCAGUUAUAUUCUGUAAUUAAGCAGUUACAAUUUAAUGCGAGCUCCGCUUUUAGGCCUCUCUAAAUAACCACAAUGCACAGUUAACUCUUUCUUAUCCAACUGGAAUACCCAUACCAGGAAUGCAGUUGAUUAUACAUGAAGCACAUGUAGCUUCUUGUAAUAUCACUGAAAGAUUAUCUUCAGUUCUCACUCCAUAACAGAAGCUCUUUAUUUUUAUAGGCGCGAAAUUUUCAACUGGUGUCACAGAAUUGUCGGCAUUGGUGCUCUUGUUAUGGCAAGUAAGUGUUUUAAAGAGUAUAAAAUUUAUUAUUAUUAUUAUUAUUUUUGUUAUUGUAUAACUUGUAAUAAAUCCAGAGACGCAACUUAUGCAUCUGCUUAAAGAAAGCCUGAAAAGAUUCAGGGUUGCCGGAGUGCCGGUAUUCUGCGGAGAUAGCAGUGCCGUGCUUUAGCCAAUUGAGCUAGCAAGCCAACCGGGAACUGAACAUAAUUAUUAUAUUGUUCUUUUAUGAAGCUGACAUUUCGAAAUUCCAAUCCGAUCAGGGAUUUGGGGCAGCCGGCGCCCACUCAAACCUAGUGACCAUUCUUAUUUUUUGAAUUCUAGAGAUGUACGGGAAUAUCCUGUGAUAUCACAGUCAAAAUAGUCUGUCUGAAAGAAAGGUGAAUUUAAGCGAUUUGAAGCGUUUGCGAAGGACGUUUACGUGAGUUUAACCUGUUCCAGGCCCUCGGAUGGUAGGGAUGACGCGAAAGUGAAAGGCACGGGAAAAUACGAGCGCAUGGUGUAGGAAAGGGGGGAAUAGCGGGUUUUAUAUUCGUGUUCGGGCUUUCCUCAAUUUCGCGGACCCGACUAUCUCGGAGCCUAGAGGAGGCUAGUUUACAGUAAAAGUGGUAGCUUGCUAUACAUGAAAGGAGCGUGUCUUCACCAAGAAAUGCCAUUUGCAUAGCCGUCCACUAUAGGCACGCUAAAAGCCAGAUGAUUUUUCUCGUACAAUUAUAAUAGAAAUCUGUCUAAAACACAGAGCUCUAGACCUCAAAUAAUAUCGAAAAAUCCUGCAAUCGAAGUUCAAGGGAACCACGGCUGGAUUCAUUAGUGACGGCCUCUAACGAUGACUCAUUUUGUUCCCUUCUGAUGUGAUUAUAGCAAGUUUUGCCCUUCUGUAAAUUUGUCCCAUGGGAGGGAAGGCAGGAGCAAAAACGUCAGCGAUGCGGAAGGCUAAACGUUAGUUUUUUCAUUUUUGUUUUACAGUUGUAACAAUCGACUAUGGACUGGCAACAGAAAAGGUCGGAUUGGGAAAGGAAGGUUUCCGAGCUAUUAUAGCUUUUAUUAUCGGAAUUGGGCUGAUAAUUAUGUUUGAGUUUUAUUUAUUCAUCACCAAAAUAAACAAGGAGAAGAGAACUGUUUCAUCGAACAAUAGCAGAGGUAAGAGGUUACAAUUCUUUUGGAAAAAAAUGCGUUUACUUUGACAACCAGAAAACCUUGGGUGGUUGAACUAGGCUUGUACCCUGGUAACCAUGGUUUAACAAAGCUUUUGGUGCCCGAGUGCUUGCCUCCAGUGUCCUUGCAAUCAAAGCUUAUGCAGUAGCCGAUAGCUCAUUGUAUAGCUUACCUUUAGGGUGUGAAAGUGUUUGCCAAAGCUCCAAGUAAUUUUGAACAGCAUCAUAAGAUUCUUACCUGUCUUUCCAUACGUAAACUCUCAUUUAUUCAUUAACGAGGAAAGAGUAUAAAGUAACACAGGGAACCCGCAGAAUGUGUGUGUAACCAAUUAUUAUUUUAUAGUAAAUGUACGGGAUUUACCGUUUGCUUCACCUAUAGCGUUAUAUUGCUAAGUAUGUAUAUAAAUCAGUAUUAAAUAAACGUUCAAUUACCUUACCUGUGGUAUAUUGUCGUCCUUUUGCCUCAAAAGCGGUUUUUUGAGCGAUUUUGAAGGAUUUCGAGUUUUGAACUCAACGGUAAAUCCCGUACAUUUACUAUGAUAUAACAAGCGGUUACACACACAUUACAGUGUGGGCCCCUGUGAAAGUACCAUAGGUGAGCCUCGACCUUUGUGCUGGACGCACCGGACUGCGGCGUUACAGGCGACCGACGAAAAUAAGACAGUUUUUUCCUCAUUGCCACGCCCGGCGAGAGAUCUGUGUUUUUCUUCCAUAGUUUCACCAGCUUUGCAGGGGUGGGGAUAGGAGAAAGCAUUGUUACACUUAGUCAUCCAGUUCUUUUACCUGAAACGUAAAUAUUGUUUCUAUAGCUUCCUUCUCUUAUCCGCUCUUAUGAUAAUCGGCCCUGGAGGACUCAUUGAUAAUCAUUAAUGGUAUUCACUUCAUGUCACUCUUUUAAACUUACCUCUAUUUGCAGACAUCCAAAUGGAACCGACAGGACAACAGACCGCCCAGCCGCAUCCUAAAAUGUCGAUCAAGGUUAAUAGGAAUUUACACUAUAGGCAUUUUCUUCAGGGCAUAGCUACAUGUAAUAUUAUAAUAGGGGAAUGGUUACGAAGCCCGUCAGACUCCUUUAAUAUAUGUUUUUGUGUACUUUGUGCUGCGCAAAUUUUAAAAGUGAAUAGCACUCCUAUCAUUUCGAUCUUAUUGACCAUUAAUUUUAACGUUACAUUUAUUCAUUCCUUCACAAUUUGUGAACAACAAACAAAGGAUUAUGCACCGUCAGGGAGCUUCCAUAACAAACAACAGAAACGUUGUUUUUACCUUUGAUGUUUGCCGCUUGUCAUAGCCAGGCUCCUCUACUAUCUAUGUUCACUAAAACAAUAAUAACCUCGAAAAAAAUAAAACUUUUUAUGUUAGGAAGGUGCUAUAAGUCUUGGCCGAAAGAAGGGGAUAACAAGUAAAGCCUAAAGGCAAAUAUUUGAUGGAAAACUUAAUAACCUGACUAUACUUCCUAUAUGCAUUUUUUAUCUAUCUGAUCUUUAUUAUUAUAUUUCCAUUAUACAAUUAGGAAGCAAUGCUCAGAAGCUUGAUGUUUACUUUCGUUGUCCUUCUUGGAGCAGCUGUGGCGCUGACCAUAAUCAUUCUUAUGGUGUUAAAAUAAUUGUAAUAAGGUGAGCGUGGAGUAUAAUGUGAAGGAUAUUUUUUCAUAUCGCAUUUGAAAAUGCAAGUAAAUCUGAUACUACACAUAUUUGUUUUAAUUUGUUUAGCUAUAAUGUUGAGAUUAACUUUGAAGUCAUACAUAACGAGGCAAAGUCACCAAAUUGCAGAAUCUGAGAGCUAGGUUAAGCGUCAGUACCUGCUACGAUUCUAAAACCAGUAAAUAUGCAGGUUCAAAUGCAAAAACCGCAACUUUUGGUCUUGUUUAAACUUAUAUACAAGAUUAAUUUACAAAACCAAAUGUGAAUCGAGCGAUGGGUAAAUAAAUAAAUAAAUAAAUAAAUAAAUAAGAAAAACAAAGACUAUUCCGGCAUCAGUAAUUUUAAUUACUGAUGCCGGGUAAUUUCUUGAGUCCACUAUUUUACACAAUUUCUCACUUUCUUUCUCACUUUUUUUUUCAGGCAAUAUUUUAUAUAACUGCCAUUUAUGUCAAAGUGUGGAGGAAACACCAGCAUUAAAUUCCAUCGACGAGAAAAGAUAUUUUUUUGAAGCCUUGGUCUUAGCUAGUCUCGCUAAUCAAUACUGCCGAAUUAUUCGAUAGCACUUUUCAAAUAGCUUUAUAUUUGUUUAAUCUACGAAAGUGUUUUCCUGCAUCAUGACGCAGUAUGUUAAACUGUCAGCGGAUUCAUUUUAUGUCAUCCAAAAAACUGCGAUAUUGUACAACCUGUAUGACUGACAUGGCUCCUAAACGCCCUCAGCAAUAUUUUUAUUGGGAGCAUUUUGGGAAAUUUUCGAUAGCCUGUCAAAACCGCUCUUGCUUAAUUAGAUUGUCUUCGGUAAAAUUAGAGUUAAACGGAUAAGCAAGCAUUUACUUAAAAUCAAACAUGUCAAACUAAGCUGAAAACUCACAAAAAAAUCACAAGAAAUCGAGAAUUAAAUAUUUUUUUUCUGUUACUUAUAAUUUUUAUUUAAUAUUUUAACACUUUUCAAACUUUACUGUACUUAACUAAAUUUUGUUGCUUAAAUUUCAUGGUCGUGUGAUGAUCAUUUCGCUGGGCAAGGUCUGUUGGCUUAGAAAAUUAAACCUGUACUUGAGACUCUACAGCUGUGCAUUUUUGGUUGAGGUUACAAUAUGAUUUAAACAAGGAUGAAGCGCUAUAAAAUACCAAAAUACGCAAAAAAGUUAAAAUAGUUACUUUUCGUUGGUCCGGUAUCAUUAAAUCACGGUCACGUACUGCAUGGUACACAGCUUCGUUACUUUUAAUUGAUUAAUCCUGUGCGAAAAGUCUGACCAUAUGCCUUUCUCUGUAAUUACUACGUCACCUUUUAGUUCCUUAAACGAAGGGAUAUCUUAACAAUAUAAUUCGAAAUAAAUUAUUUGUUGCCAACGAGAGUGGAGAGUGUUUUUUAAAGAUGCCGACUUUAUUUUGCUUACAAUAUUUCUGUCGUUUUCGACAGCGCAGUUUCACCACUUAAACCUCUCUUUUUCUUAUGCGCGGAACAAGCAAGAAUAAAUAAAAAAAAGUUGUUAAAUCAUAUUACAAAAAAAACCCCUCACUUGUCUUGCUUUUCUAGCUUUCAUAAGCUUCUCUUUAAUGGUUACUUAGCAAUUAAUGAAUGAGGCUGAGUAGGAUAUGAAGAAUUAAGCAGAUCGAGGAGGGCGUUAUCCACCGUGGCCGAAGGUCGAUAUGGAUAACACCCUCCAAGAUUUGCUUAAUUCUUAACAUUCUACGAAAGCCAAAUUCAUGAAUUGCUUUAUUAUUCAUUCAAAAUAAUUCCUAGUUUAAAAACGUAGCAAAAACAUGCUUACCUGGAUCGAUGUUAAGUUCAUCUUCCACAGUGUACGUUAGUUUGUCCAGCUUCGCAAAUAUUCUGCAAAUAGCAGUUGUCGCCCACCGACUUGUCGUCUUGCUGUUUUUGCCAUGUUUUUAGCUAUUAUUUCGCCUAGUUUCAGCUGUAGUUCUUACUCUUGAAACGAGUGAAAUGUCCGCCAUUUGUUUUUCGCAACCACAAAAACUCAAGCUCGUCCCAAGGUCUUCUCGGUAACGGUGCCCUAACCUGUAGAGGGCUGCAUUUUUGACGUCAUUUCCUCGUUAAACACAAAAUUCUUCCAAAGUUGGUCAUCAGUAACUGGUUAUGGUGAACUGUGCGUGUGCUUUUAGCCAAUAAGAAUUGGGGAAAUAUUUUGAAUGAAUGAUAAGAAAAAUUAAACGCCGACUGCAUUAAUUGCUACUGUUUUAUAAUACAAAAAUAAGAUUGCACUCUUCUUUUCUGCCUUUUAUUUUCUUAUUAAUCUUUAGCUUGCUACAUACCCCUUGAGGCCUUUGAUCCCAAAUUAAGUUAUAUUGGUUUUGCUACGUGGAAGUAAAUUGACGCAUAAAUCUUCAUUUAAAUAGUUUAAGACUUCGCAUAAUUAGCCAGAACGUUAUGUUCUUGUAUAGGUAAGAUAUAUUGGCCAAUAUCUUUCUAAGAAAGUGUUAGUCACCCUGGGUAACAUCUCCCCUAUGAAGAUGAAGAUUAAUACUACAAAAAAUCACAGCAAGUGCAUCGAUAACUAAAACUUGCAGAAGCGUUUAUUGUGAAUCAAGGUUCUCGUGGAGAAACUAUUUUUAAAAAUACAAUAUACCUUUUCCAAAAAAGCGGUUUGAUGCAACGCUGUCUCAAUAUUUGUUUUUCUAUUCUGGCCAUGAAGAUAUUUGCAAAAGAACGGCCACCUUUGUCCCCAUGGUUGUUCAAUGGGUUUGCAGGUACAUGCUACCGCAAAAUUGGAACGGGGUUUCUGUUAAUAUAAGGUGGAGAAUUUCUCUGAGGUAUUUGGUGGGUAUAGGGGCUUUGUAUACGUGACAUACGGAUGUUACGCCCUCUUCGUGGUAUGUUGGUGUAGAGACUAGUAACGUCCAUAGAGACUAGGACUGUAUUUUUAGGCAAUUUUGUACUCUCAAUAAAAUUCAGGAAGUCUGUAGUUUCUUUUAGGUACAAGUCUUGUUUCUGCGUUAUUGGCUGAAUGAGUCGAUCUACAAAUGCAGAUAUCCGCUCCUUGGGGCCAUUGCACCCUCACAUUAUAGGUCUAACAACAGAUCAUCUAUCAGUAAAUUGAAGUGGACAGGGUAAAACAGUAAACUUUUAAGACUGUCAUUUAUUUCUUGAAAAAAAGAAAUAGAUAUAUAUAAGCUUGUAACACUCUCAAUAUACGUUCGACCGACUGAAAAAGUUUAAAUCUACACUGUAAUUUUUGGGGAGUUAUUAUAACUCCAAAAAUGGAGUAAAAAUUUUAGGUACAGGAUAACCCCUUUUUUGGGGUUAUUUUAACUCCUAAUUUAACUCCGAAUUUGGGGUCAUUUUUACUCCUGAAAAAGAGUUCUUUUUACUCCCAGUCUUGGAGUUAACAUUACUCCGAAAUGGGGUUACUUGUACUCCUUACAGGGGUUGUUUUUACUCUUUUUGGAGUUAAUUUAACUCGGAAAGUGGAGUAAAAAUUUUAGGUACAGGAUAACUCCUUUUUUGGGGUUAUUUUAACUCCUCAAUAUCUGGGGUCACUUUUACUCCUGAAAAAGAGUUCUUUAAACUCCUUUUUGGAGUUAAAAUAACUCCACGAAAAAUAACUCCACUGUACGGAGUUAAAUUAGCCCCACUAGAGGAGUUAUUAUAACUCCCUGAAAAUUACAGUGUAAUGAGAGAUUAAGUGUCGAUAACCAUCAGAACCUUCGUCUUUUCCUCAUUAAGAGGCGUCUGCCCAAAGCCGUAAUUCAUUGACAGAGCUGUCUAGUACAGUUAGUGUUCCAGUUUUGCCAUGAUGCUGACGUGUGCAAAAGCUGCAACAGUAGUGUCGUCGGCAUAAAGGUCCAGUUGAGAUUUCACAUACAGCGGCAGAUCAGAAUGAAUAGAAUUAAGAACAGUGGUCCCAGAAUACUGGCUUGAGGGACUCCAUGCUUCACCCGAGCUUCACGUGACUCUUCAUCAUCCGAUACUACCACCUACUUUUCUAUCCAAGUAGUAAGAAUGAUGACACCAUAGGCCUCUAGCUUCUUUAGCAGUAGCCAGCAAAUGUCAAAGGUGUCGCUAUGGUGACAAGCAUUUUGACCACCUUUUCUGCUUCUCGAUACGCUUUUGAUUUUUGUCGAUGUGCAAUCCAGGCGCCUUCCUUUUCCACAAAUGCAGCACAAUUUCGGAAUAAAACAUGAUCAUAGUUAGCAGCGGAACCAAGUAUAACAAAACGAACCGAAUAACCACUUCGAACAUGGUAAUAUUGUGCGAGUUGUGGAUAUUCUCAAUCCACCUAGGUGGGCAGACCGACAGCGGUCUUCUCAUCGGGCCAACAAUGGCAAAAUAACGGUCAAUGGUCAUUAUGGUCAGCGUCAGGACAGAAGCACUUAUGGAGAGGCAUGUCAAGAAUAGUAAUAGCUUACAAACGAAUACACCAACUCCUCCUGGAAACCACUUGACACUCACAAACAAGUACGCCACAAAAGAGCAGCACGGCGAUGAUGACGUCAAGAAUAUCAAACACCAAGCAUUGCUUAUCAUUAUCAAGGAUCUCAAAAUGACUUCAUUAAACGAGCUCUUCAUACUCCUUUCCUCCUCUCUCCAUGUAUCUACUGGCUGGCUUUCGCCCCCUCUUCCUCCUGUUUUUGUCCCCAUCGUCUUUUAAUUUUGAGGCAGGCUAUUGGGGAGCUUUUCGGGACACCGCUGAGGUUUCUCAGGACGCAUGCCAAACUAUUUAUUUCCAACCAGUGUGAUCUGGCCAUCGCAUGGUACUUGUUGCAUGCUACUUCCGCUGAAGGUACCCCCCCGCAUUUUCUCAGAAGGGAAAUUGUAGACACUGUUUUGCGAACCAACCAAACCCUCUUAAAGACACGUAAGCAUGCUUUUUUUUUUGAAAGUGGGAUGGCUUGAUCCUGAUUUCUUUGCCUUUGAUAGUUGUCUAGAGGACCUAUCUGCCGAUAGAGAUGUUCGCCCUCCUGAUUGUAUCAUGGUAUCUGUGCUCUAAGAAACAAUAGCAAUUAAGAAUGACGCAGAUCAUAGAAUGCGGAAGUCUAUAACUGCUGCGGGACCAUGAUCGUGCAAUUCUAGUUGUUUAUUUGGCGGUCGUAUAGUGAUUUUACUUAACCCUUAAAAUAGAAGGAAGAAUACUUCGAGUUAUUAUAUGCUAAUUCCAUUGUCUUCUUUUGUUUAGUUGUAGCUAUUUUGCACUAGUUGUUAUUCUUUGUUUCACGGAUCACGUAAUAUUCAUUCUAUGACAAUAUAAGACUUUUUUAUUGCGGUGCAUAAAAUACCUCUUGUUAACUUCAAGAUGCCUGCUAACUCACUUCACGGGAGGCGUGAAAGUUUGUUGUUUCUUUGACUCAAUUCAUAACCAAAACUGACUGAAAGCGUUAUUAUGGUGCUGGCAUCAGCAAAGGUAAGAGAAGGGAAAGAGCUAUCUAACACUGCCUAUAUACCGCCGCUAUGUAGCUGUCAUUCAGUAUUCCCGUUGCCAAAACUGCAGUACUAUUCAGAUAAACUUGAAUCCUGUUAUAUUACCCACGGCGUAUUAGUUAAGCUAAAAGGUGGCUCCGUCAUUAAUACAGGCGCAUUUAGCUGUAACGGAGUUUUCGUCAAAACUUUUUCGUUUUUGACGCGAUAGCUGAGAAACUUUGCAAAGACUAACAGAUGUCAUUCCGUAAUAGUACAAAAUGUUCCGAUUUCAUUGAUUAUUUCGCUAAAUUAGCGCUUAAAAGGACCCUACUAUUCAAAGAAAAACGGGAUUAGCAAAAAACAAAUUGCUGAUAUUUUUUACUGAAAUUUCUGGUAUCGGCUUUAAUUGACAUAAAAUAUAAAUAUGCCACGGGAAUUUCAGAAAAAUCGUUAAAGCAGAAGUCCGUAACCAAAAGUCGCUCAAAAUUCAGCUGUGAAAUUGUUUUGAAAUUUCAAAAAUAAAUUACUAUCAGGUAGAGGGAGACAUAGGUUUGAAUUUUCAGGACAAGUAAAUUCAGUGUUUGCUAAUUCUUAAAACAAAAGCCGAUUGCCUAUCGUGCUAUUCUGUAAAGGUACUUUUUAGUUUUAGAAGCACUAUCAAUUGCUCCAAACCUUGCUUUGAAGUAGAAUGACUUGUUCCUCGACAUUUUUAAAAUAUCACUUGGCAGUUUUGGCUCAAACUCCUGCUGCAUACAUUUUGAUUUACUGCAAUUCAUUUUCAACGACUUUCACUGCUUUUCGUUGCUUCCAACUCGUAUCAGAGCUCAGAGAGAAAUGUCCAACAUACCUUUGUUUGUGACUACAGAAUGAGUGCGAGUAGCAGUUCUGCGAAGAAUUCGCACCUCAGCCAGGGGGGACGAAGGACAAUGAUGCCCAUGCCUGUGAACCGAAUUACAUCACAGUGCAAAAUAAAAUUAUCGCAAAAGUACUGCCCGUGAAUAAAUUCACAACUCUGAAAUUUUUGUCACUCCUUCCUUCAAUGAAUGGGUAGUUUUUUCUUAAUUAUUGUGUUUUGCCCUGCAAUACAUGUUUAUACAGAUCGGUCCGCAGGCAUGGGCAUCAUGGUCAUUCGUCCCCCUUGGCUGAGGUGCCAAUUCCUCGCAGAGCUUCCGGUCGUGCUCACUUUCUGGUCAUAAACAAAAGUGCAGGACAGUUCUUAUCUGAGCUUCGAUGCAAGGUAGCUUACAAUCCCAAUACCUUUUUCCUGAAUUGGAAGCAACGUGCAGCAGGAAAAGCCGUUGAGGAUGCAUUGCAAUACAUCAAUAAUGUAUUUAGCAGGAUUUUGAACCAAAACUGCCAAGGGAUAGACGCGAUUUUCUUUGAACAGUAGGGUCCUUUUAAGCGCUAAUUUCUCAAAAAAUAUUUACCAUCAAUAAAAUCGGAAUAUUUCGUACUAUUGCCGAAUGACAUCUGCUGUUCUUUGCAAAUUUCUCAGCCAUCGCGUUAAAAACGAAAAAGUUAUGACGGAAAAUCUGUCACAACUAAAUGAUCCAGUAUUAAUGACGGAGCCACCUUAAGGGAUUAGAAUACUAGUGAAGAUAUUUCAACUGCUAGUCGCUUUGUAGCCUGCAUGACAUGACAUCAUUUUGUGUUUUACUUCUCGUUUCGACUAAGCAUCAUAAUUUUUAUCUGGGUGUAUAUAUAUUAAUUAAACUAACAACUCAUACAAACGUCGCGAUGAUUAAGAUGUUCAGUGACCGAAAUGGUGCCUUGUAAUAGUUUUAAUAGUUAUUUCUUUAUGCUUAAAAUGUUGUUGCGAAUUUCAGCAAGAUAUAAUGCACGGACAUUUAAUAUUGCGAAUUGAAAUAUUGGCAGUGAUGCCGUUGUAUGGACCCGGAAGAACAACUUAGAACAAGAAAGUCGAUUCUUCAAGAUUGCAAGAUAUCUUUCUGUCUGUGUGGUCAUGAUGCGGUAAAACUGAACGAGUGGCAAAUGGCUAGGUUUUUAAUUUUUACUACUUAUAAACUGCUCUCGAGUAACAUCAUUUUGUAUUGAAACACACUUGGCGGCAGAUAUAUUUUUACUUGUUACUAAAAAUUUAUUGAGUUUGACAACGUUAGUACAUUGAAUGAUCACGCACUAAUAUUUUUACAUAUUCAGUUUAUCCCUGAUUAUUUACCAAAACUCUAUGAAUACGUGCAUAUAGACAUUCAUAAUAGUUAUAUUGUAUAAAGGUAAAGUAAAGGUGCACACGAGCCAAAGGCCUAAACGGCCGGAGCUUAUCUCGGUUUCCUUAGUAUGAAGCAUGCUUAGGAGUAUUACUACUCCCCCCCUGGAAGGGAUGCUAGUCCAUCACCGGGUUACCUCCCCGCAGUAUGAAGCCAGUAACUACCCAUCUAUACACCUGGGUGAAGAGAGAAAAAGUGAAACAACGAGACGGGCGAGGCUUAAACCCCGGACCUCCAGAUCCGGUGGUUCGAAGUAUUAACCGCUCGGCCACACACGCCUCCUGUACAUUGUAUGCCGACUUAGAAAUAAAUCGGAACAAUGUCAAUAUAUUCUAAUAGCUAUUUUAGGAUUUACGGCAUUUUACAAGGAUUAUCAAGUGCUUCCACCGCCCAAUUGAUAGUGAUAACAGGAGUGAGUGGGGUCCAAUUCGGCUUGUGAUCAUACGAGUGAUUAGUAAAAAUCGAAAGGCCGCGUAGCGGGAGUCCGAUUUGCUUAAUGACGAGUAUGAUUAGUGCUGAAAUCAGGACAGUUGAUAGCCAAUCAGAUUUGAGAAUUUUGUUAUGUAUGAUUAAAACUGCAAUCAAGCUUUAUCAAUUAUCAUAAUCAAAUAGGCAUGCUUAGGAUCUGAAACCAUUAGUUCCAAAGGACGGUAGAGGCAGUGGUGUAUAAGACGCGACAAACAGUUAUCACCACUUUUAUUAAAACUUAAAUGUGCUUAUUAUAAGUGAUAUAAAGGUUCACUAAGGGUAUUUACCAAAACACGAAAAAUAAGCCUUUUUCUUGUCACGAGACAAGACUCAACAGACGAGGUAGAAUUUUACUAACUCGCUUUUAACAUCUGGAUUUUUUUUUAUAGAAAUUAUUGUCGUCUGUUCUUCUACUUUCGUUGUCAAGCAGGCUUUGUGCUCUAACGGUUUGUAAACUCAGUGUUAUUCUCGCGAGCGUCCGUUAUUGUUAAAUUACCUUUAGGAGUCAUCUAGCCAAUGACUGAACAGCCCGGCAAUAGUAAAGUUAGUCCUUUGUAACUUUGGGGUGAUGUUUCACAAUUUUCUACUCAUCAACUCUACUGAAACAGGUUCCUUGGUGUACUAAUGAGAGCUAGGUGUAUGCCUCGUCAUAGACAAAUAAAAUAGUUUUGGAAUAAUAUGACCUAAAUACUACAGUUUAGCUGACAGUGAAAGCCUUAAAUAUGAUAACAAUUGGUUGUUUGACCCCAGUUUUGUGGGAAUCCAGAUCUAUCUUUAAGUGCUUGACUUUAAAGUCUAUCGGAGAGUUUCACUGUAAAAUCCUACCUGAACAAAGAAUAAAAAUCAUGUUCCAAGCAUUUGCAUUAUUACAGUACAAGUGCCCAAGCUAACAUAGUCUCUUUAGAAAUGGUGGUUAUACGUUUUCCGAAGGAGUUUCAUUUCUUGCUUCGUUUUUGUGUUGCCUUUUGCAUACGUGACUUUUUCUUCCGAUGAUGUUUCAUUGAUUAACUGUGUAUCUCUAGCAGCGAAAGUAUUUACAAAUCUAUAUUAAUCUGCUAUGUCUCCAGUUCACUCUAGAAGGCUGUGGAGUAACUAAAGGUUGCUAUGCAUCUCCAACCUCGUGCACUACAAGCGAAAACUGUGAUUUUCUGGUGACAUACAAUGCCACCAAGUCACUGAGUAGAGUUGAUUUCGAGCUCAGUGGUAAAGGAGACUGGAUAGCCCUGGGUUUUAGCGAUGACCAAUUAAUGGUAAGUUGUAAUGUCUCAAGAAUGCACCUUUAUAUAUUCUUAAUUUUGCUUUCCCCAUGAACGUCACGGGAUGUUACUCUAGGGCGCUGUGUCUUUGAAAUUUUGUCGUAUUUACACGCUUAUGAACGCAUAAUGAAAAAAAAUCAACGGGCAAUUGUUAACUAACUUGUACCAAGUAGGCCAGUUUACAGUUAUGAAUGGCCGGGGUUGACAUUACUUUGAUACAAAAAAAGUCAACUUCAGCCUCACUUUCACUAGAAGGCUAGGUUACUAAGUCCACAACUGUGAAUUGGUCUACUGGCAAAAUAAUACACACACGCUGGUGUGAUAUUCCCAAAAUGACUUCUUUGUUUGUUUGUUUUUCUUCCUAAACCAAGGACGAGGAAAAGCUACACCAAAACGGAGGGGGAGAGGGGGGUGGGGGGAACUUUUUUUCAGAGUUUACAUACACUCUUUGAUUUAACAUGAAUCAAUUAUUUUUGCCAUGUUUUCUUCAUGAACGUUUAUUUUUCUAGAUGACGAAGCUACAAAUCUCUUUUAAAAAUACUUUAAUAGACUCUCCCCUUGUAGUAGUUUAGUCCUUCUCAGUGUAGCAAUUGCGGUAUAGGUGAAGCAUAAAUCCACCAAAAAAAUGAACAGUAACUCUCUUUAAAUGGCAUAAAGUCAAAGAAUUAACUGUUGAAUACAUAAAUCACACAGCCAAAUAUCGAGAUUCUGAUGUGUGUCAAUAAUCAAGCACUGAGUGGUCACUAUUACGCAACAUCACGAUCGACACCGCCAAGGACAACGCCAGUAAGUAUAGUGUGACUUUCAAUAAGGUUUCCUCCAGUGGUACUUUGAACCUAUGAAAAUGAGGCAUUGUUCAUUGAUUCCUAUUCCACCUGUCGAAUCUCAUUUUCCCUCACGACACAGUUACUAAGCCAGUUACUAGCUUGUACACGGGAUCCUGUUAACCAGAAAUGGUUAAGGGGGCAUCCAUGUUUUAUCACAGCGGUAUGAUCAAUAAAACGCUGAAUAAGCCAAUAAAGGGCAAGAUUACUAUAAAAUAAUCUGUGUAAAUAUCGUUCUCGUCAAGAUACAUGUACAUCAAAAGCAUUGGAUACCGUAAAACAGAUAGCAUUAUCAUAAAUAGCAUUUUAUAUCAAGACAUUUUCACAAUAAGGAGGACGCUAAAAACUUUGCGUGACCAAGAGCUCCGCGCAGGGGCGCUCGUUUGGUGACAAGACAAGUUAUUAAACACAGAGUCAAAUAGUGAAAAUUCAGUUCAAGCAAGUGAUGUGAACAACGUGAAGGUGAGCGAACGAAAGCGGUGAGCACAGGGUAAAACACGUUCAAGAGCGAUAUCGUCCGGAACACCCUAGAUUCUGAUCGGCAGGAAAGAAGAUAUGCUUAAUAUAGCCUGCCGCCUGAGGCUGCAAACCAUUAUCUAAACAAUGCCAUGCCAUAAAAUCCCAUUAUAUGGUCAAUAAUGGUGUCUUUUUUGUCUUCAACAUGACAAUUAUUAAUUUUGUCAUUAUCAUCAUUAUCACCAUCAUCAUCAUUGGCCAUGAGGAAAUAUAAAGCUUAAGUGUGACGAUUAUUACGAAUUAUAACAGAAUAUUCCAUCAUAAUUGUGAAUUAUAUUUUUGUUUACGACUUAUAUUCUAUUUACUUAAUUAGGCCAAUCUUCUAAUCGAGCAUCGAGCCACUAAUGUUUUCAUUAUACUACAGGAUUUUUGUGUUUUUUUAUUCCAGACACCAGCAGCAGUACAAUUUAUCGAGCAAGCAGACGAGAAUAAUAUCAUAAAAUGCAGGCAUGUAGUAUGAUUGUUACCUUGGUGUAUAAUUUCUGCAUUUACCGAAGUGAUUCAUUUAAAAGAAUUUUUAAGUAAGUGAUUCUUAUAACCAACUGAAAACAAGUUAGCUUAAUCUCUCUGUUCCUUUUAGGGUUUCAAGAGAUGUAAAUCCAGUCCAAGCAAUACCAAAUUCUAUCGAUCUUAACCAAGACGUAUUCCUUUUAGCUGCAUAUGGAAACGUCGCAGGUUUGUUCCGUUUCAUUUUCUUAGUUUGGGUUUGCUGCUGUUGCUCGAUUUUCCAUCAUUCUUUACAUCCCGUUUAAAGUAAAACAUUAUCUACUUUAGGGCGUUCAGAUUGUUGUAAUCAUUUUCGGUUACGACAAACCUGCAAAAUGUAGUAUGCUUUGAUGAGAUGUUUACCUACCAUAUAUAAAUACUCAAUACAGUAGAUAUAAUAUUUCAUCUUGUUGUCGUUGAGAUGUAUUGUCUCAAUUCUUCCAUUUAUCAAUCUGUGUACCUGGCUAUUUUGCUUCUCUUUUUAGAGACCUAGCCUUAGAAAUGUGUUUUGCGACAGUCUGAAAAAACUACUAAACUACUUAAUAUUUUUACGGAUUACUGUUAUUAAAAUCCGUAAGGGAAAGCAAUUAAUUUUUACCCGCAAAGACCCAACCGUUAACCGUAAAUGCCACGAAAAACUCAAAACAGCGAUAAUCAAUCAUUCCUUUCUCCUCUAAGGUUCCGUUAAGGUGGCUCGAUAUAGUUUAUCAAGGCCAGUACCUCCCAAGUUUGAGCAUAAACUACGUCGCCAUAAACAAAGUUUUGGAAAAAUUGCCACCAUAGUUGUAUUAGAUAAAGAUGAAAAUUUGUUAUGAUCAGGGUUGCAAUGACAUCGGAGUUGUCAUAGCAACGAAAGGACGCUAUUACCUAUUUUACUCACAGAAUUAUUUCUCGGCACUGGGAACUGUUCUUCCAAAAUCAUUCACGGGAGCUUUUUCCUCCAAUAGUCGCCUCAAUGUUCGUGAAGUUUAAGCGAAAUCUGUAAGAGCGUUAUCGAGAAAUUUUGGGAUAAAGAUUUUGUGGUUAGAAAUACGGUAAAAAAUGGAUGAUCUUGAUGUUCGGCUGUUAUGUGUAGAAAAUGAGGCGCUUUUGACAUGCAAUUUCACCUCACAGUAGUUUCAAUCUUUUUAAAAACGUGUGUGGAGAUAGCUCCUGCCGAUUGCUAGAAAGAAGGAUUUGAUUAGUAUGUAUCGAGGCGCUUUUGUUAGCGUUUUUGAACAUUUUGGUCUACUUUAACAAAUUAGCGAAUAAUUUUUAAACAGCUCGAUAGAUUUUUUAAAAAAUCUAGGAUUCUUGAGAUUAACCUUCCUUUUAUAUGACUUUUUAGUUUCAAGAUUAUUGAUAUAUUGUAAGGCAGUUACCUCAGUUCCGACUUAAAAGAGUUUUCUAUUUCUUCUUCUCCACUGAUAUUUAAAUUCCUUCCCUCCUCUCUUAAGUCUAAAUUACGAAGUCUGUUUUUCUCGCGCCUAUCAUCGGCCAAGCACUUGGAGGAUCUACUGUGCUCGACUUGCCGCUAUUCUAUUCUUUGUCACUGUUUUUCAUAGUCCUACUACAACCACUAUUACGUCUUUUUAUUUAUAUUUAUGUAUAUAUGUAUACAUGUUCAUUUAUAGUACAUAUUUUGCCCCCCUUCGUCGAUUUAUAUAUUAUUCAUUACGUGUUUAUAGCCUAUUCUACUUUAAAUAUUGUCUCUUUUGUGUAUAUAUAUAUAUUUAUAAAUUUAUUUGUUUUUAGUCUUCUAAAUUUAUUUAUCUAUUUAUCUAUUUUUUUGAGGGCCGUAGGUUAGAAAACUGUAAAAGGUUAUUGCGCUUCCCUCUUUAAAUAAAGUUAUUGUAUUGUAUUGUAUUGUAUUGUAUUGCAGUAAAAUAAGGGCUACAAUUCGCCAAUAUUUUGGCAGAAAUUUUGUGUUUACAAAUGUGAGCCUCUCAUUAUUGAGGGUAUUGUCUCCAAGUUUCAUAUUUUCGCGCAUUAGCUAGCAUUUUUGCGUAUGUCAAAUGCAUUGUUAGUUACUGUUGUUCACGUGAAAAUGAAACUUGGAAACAAUGCCUUGAAUAAUGAGAGGCUUUCACUUGUAAUAACGAAACUUCCGAUAAAAAAGUAACGAAUUGUAGCCCUUAUUCUACUGCCUUACAAUGUAUCAAUAAUCUUGAAACUAAAAGGUCAUAUAAAGGGAAGGUUAAUCUCAAGAAUCUUAAAUUUUGAACAAAAUCUAUCGAGCGGUUUAAAAACUAUUCGCUAAUUUGUUAAAGAAGACCAAAAUGUUUACAAAACCGCUAACAAGAGCGCUUCGAUACAUGCUAAUAAAACCCUUCUUUCUAGCAAUCGGCUGGAGGUAUCUCCAUGAUCUUUCACACACGUUUUUAAAAAGAUUGAAACUUCUGUGAGGUGAAAUUGCAUGUAAAAAGCGCUUCAUUUUCUACAGAUAACGGCCAAACAACAAUAUUGUCCAUUUUUUACUGUGUUUCUAAUCACAAAACUUCAUCCCAAAAUAUCUCGAUAACGCUCUUACAGAUUUCGCUUAAACUUCACGAACAUCGAGGCCGCUAUUGGAUGAAAAAGCUCCCGUGAACAAUUUUGGAAGAGCAGUUCCCAGUGCCGAGAUAUACUGCUGCAAGGAAAAUAGGUAAUAGCGUCAUUUCGUUGCUAUGACAACUCCGAUGCGGUUGAAACCCUGAUCAUAACAAAAUUUUCAUCUUUAUCUAAUACAACUGUGGUGGCAAUUUUUCCAAAACUUUGUUUAUGGCGAUCUAGUUUAUGCUCAAACUUGGGAGGUAUUGGCCCUGAAAAACUGUAUCGAGCCACCUUAAGUCGAUUAUUCAUGCGCAUGAUGCAAAAGGUUGGUAGAAUGGCUAUUAUUAUUUGAACAGGUUCAAGUCUUCAACUGCACAUUAGGAGGGAGGCCUCUCCCAAAAAGGUCAUGGUUACCCAGUCUUAUUCUACUGUCACUAAUGGAUCCCAGGUUCCCCAGGUCAAUUCUUCUAAGGUGAGUUGAGUGCAUAUUAUCUUACAAUGUAGGUCAUUCAAAAAAAGUUAAACUUAACUAAGCCGCACCAGCCCAAAGUUGAAACUACAUUCCAAUACAAGAAUUGAGUUGCAUAAUAGUACAUGUGAUCGAACAAUUUUCAAACAACGAGCCUUCGCAUUGGGUGUGAUCUCAAACAUGUUAAGGCAUGACCCAAAGCCUAAUUUGCAUAAAAGCUGCAAAGAGUCAUAACUUCAAGAGAAUUUACGUAAACAUGAUAAAUCGUGGUAAUAACAUAAAACAUGACAUCGUUAAGUCAGUAUUCUGUUUAAAAGAGGAUUUUUGGGGUCACGUGACCUGUUAUAGCCGUUUUCUUACGGGAAGAGAAAAGUGAAAAUGUGCCGCACAGAUGACAUGUAAUGCGAGUAUAUGUUAAAACACCGAGGUAAUUGUCUGGUUUCACCACUUAAGAAUCUGUCCAGAAUGGACGACUACCAUUUAUCGUUUAACUAAUAAUUUCAAAAAUUAGGUCGUGUGACCAUUUUAUUCUUGUAAUAGAAUAGAAUAGAAUAGAAACUUUAUUAAAGUGUCAAAAACCGUCUAGCCAGGGAACAAAUCCCUUACUAAUUUGGGGACACCAAUUAGGGGAGAAUAUACAAACUAAAAACUAUAUACAGUAGUAGGUAAAAUAUCUAUAGUUAACUAAUUAAGAGAUUUAUAGUAAAAAUACACAGAAGUCAAAAUGAACAAAGGCUACAGCCUGCGCAGCCAUCAUCUAAAAGUUCACUUAUAUUGAGUUGGCGUAUCUUGCUUUUAAACGACGUUAGGGUUGUGACGUCCCUGAUACUCUUGGGUAGUUUUGUCCAUAGCCUAGGCCCUAAAUAUCUAAUAGAGUGCUUGCCAUAGGUGACUGUCUCAUACCUAGGUAUAGAGAAAUCUGCUUGCCGCAGAUUGUAAUUACUAUUUGGUUCUUUAAAGAUGUUACUUAUAUAUGCAGGGCACAGUUUAUGUUUUACUUUAUACAUAAGGAUGCACAGAUCCUGUAAGCGACUAUUUAGUAGUGUUGGCAGAUCUGCCUUCUCUAAUAGUUGUUCAUAACUAGAAUUAUUAUCCUUGAAAACCGCUCUAAGUCCUCUUUCUUGUAGUCUUUCAAGCUUUCGAGUGUCACUCGCUUUACAAAAAUGCCACACUAGGUGACAGUACGUGAGGAAUGGUAAUAUCGCGCUUUUGAAUAAUAUUAACUUAGAUUUCAUAGGAAUUAAAUUACGUAGUCUCAUUAGAACACCAAUUCUCUGGCUGGCUUUUUUACAGAUAGAGAUUACAUGCUCAGAGAAAUUUAGCUUAGAAUCUAACACUACUCCUAGAAGUAUGAUAUUAUCUUUAGAUUCAAUCACAACAUCAUUCACGCAAAUAUUGCUGUCAUUUUGAGUGAAGCCCAAGUUCAAAACUUGGUACUUUUUGAGGUUUCCCGCCAAUAAGUUAGAAUCGUACCACGUUGUUGCUAAGUUGGCACUAUCCUUUAACUGGGAAGUCACAGCUGCCUGGUCUGCUCCUGCGUGGUAAAUUUGAUGGUCGUCGGCAUACAUAGACAAGUUCGCUGUUAGGCAGUAGGAUAGGUCAUUCUGGAAAACAUUCCAUAACAACGGGCCAAGCGCGGAACCCUGAGGACAGCCACGACUCACGAAUCGGCUAGAACUAACAUGACGGCCGAUCUUUACUUGAUAUUUCCGUUCAUUUAAAUAGCUGUUUAAAAGUUGAAUAGCGCUUUCCUGAAAACCGUACGCUUCAAGCUUGUUCAGAAGUAGUGGUGGGUGUAACGAGUCAAAUGCCUUUGACAUGUCAGUUGAAAGUAUGCUCACAACCUGUUUUCGAUCCCUCGCCAGUCUCCAAUCUUCUACUAAAUUGAUCAAUGUUGUUUCGCAGCUGUGAGCUUUGCGAUAAGCGGAUGAGUGUUGGUAAAUGCGAUUACCAAAGCCAGAGUUGAUCUGCGCUCCAACCAACUUCUCAAGAACUUUACUUACACAUGGUAAGAGAGUUAUGGGCCGGUAGUUUUCCUUUGCAUUCCUGUCAUCCUUUUUGUAUACUGGGGCCCAAUGCCCAUACUUCCAUUCACUAGGCCAUGCAUUCUUGUUAAUACAAGAAUUGAACAAGGUGGUUAGUGGAGCGGAUAAUUCAUUAGCACCUGUUUUUAAAGCCUUUGAAGGAAUUCCAUCAGUGCCGGUGGCUUUGUUUAUGUUCAGCGAAUCGAGAACUGCAAGGACUUGUCCCUGUGUAACCAAUUCGAUUUCGAUGGUCUGAGUGGAAUUCCUAUUUAAUAACUUCUUAAUGGGGAGAGAUUUUUCUCUGUUCUGGACAGAAAUUAAAUCUAUGCACCAAGUCAAUGAAUACUGCAUGGUUCUUUGCCUGCCACAUUUAAACACCAUUGGCUCAUUUCAUAUUCCUCUUUCUCUUUCAUCAUGACCUCAUCAAACACGUGACCACAGUUAAAAAACUCUUAAAAUGUUAAGGAGGUUGAAUUAUUUCUGCUUCGUACUUCGAAUGGUCCAAGGAAGCUAAUUUCUUCGCGGGGGGUAUAAGAACAGAGAAAGGGCCAUGCCUUAACAUACUUGAGAUCUAUAUCAACUGCAAUCUAUAGCCGUUUCCCCAUUACAUAGAUAUGGUCAGCUGUAGCUCACAGCAUUGACAUCGUAGGGACCUUACGAAACUACGACAUCGACAGCAACGAUAACGUCUAAAACACAAAAGCUUUUAUGAGCAAAACAACAACUCCGCACGUGCAUCACGCUGUUUCUACAUUUCUUUGACGCCCCUACACAACUACGAGGUGAGAUGACCAUAUUUUGAGUUGACUUGAGAACGGGAAUGGCAAGGCGAUGAAUUUUACUAUCUCUUUCUAAACUCGCACGCGGUCCUCUCAUUUCAGCCCCAAACUAACUUCCCUACUUUAAAGUAAUUGGGUGACUUGGUGUAAGGGCAAAAAAGUAUCAAAGGAUCGAGGCAAAGUCUAUUUUUCAAAGACAUUUUUAUCGCCGUUGUUGGAUUGUAAGGUUUCUAAUAAACAACAACGUCGAACUGUAUCAAUAUUAAACAAUACAUAUGAUACCAUUAGCCAUUACCAUUAUGAUACAAUAGUCGAGUCACUUACAAAUAAAUUAAUGAUACUAGCGUGACCAUCAUCUAUACCCUUCUGGUAACAAUUCAAUUUCGAAAUCGAUAUUUCCCAGGAUAUGGAUAGUAGGCCGUGUCAGUCCAAUCCCUAACGUUGAUAACCCAACAAAAGAGAGUACGUGUACAUUUUAGACCGAUAUCAGUACUUCCGUUUCUGUCCAAAGUAAUCGAGGAACAUGUAAGACGUCAAAUAGUUGAUUACAUCGAAUUUUAUCAAUCCUUAAAAGCAAAUUAUUGCUGAAUUCCGUAAAGGACACUGGUGCUAUUACGCAUCAGAGACGGCAUUAUUAGGGCCAUGAAAAAGGGCCAACUUAAUUUAAUGGUAUUGGCCAAUUACUCGAAAGCAUUUGACACUGUAUCGUAAUCUGCUGUCGUCCAGAAGAUGUUAAAAUUGGGUUUCUCAAACUGUUUUCUACAUUGGAUGACAAACUACCUUUAUGAUCGCUUUCAGUAUGUUCAACUUGAGAAUCGUUACUGGAACAUUUACAUUUCGGUGUUUCCCAGGGGUCAAUUUUAGGCCCGUUAGUGUUUAAGAUAUAUAUUGCCGAUCUGCAGGAUAACCUCAGUGACUCCAUUUCGUGUUAUCAAUUAUACGAUGAUGAUACUACGCUUUACAAACAAUGCUCUGUUAAAGAUCUCGCACAAAAUGUUCUUGAUUUUAAUAACUCUCUCAGCCACAUGGCUUCGUGGUUCUUUAAAGUCCAAUCUCGCCCUAAAUCCAGUGAAAGCUAAGCCGAUGCUGUUAUCAUCAAGCCAGUGACUAGCUUUCGUGGUCUCAAACAUGAAAACCUCAAUUUAGAAAUUUAGAAUCUUCAACUGGAAAGAGUCAAUGAGACAAGGCUACUAGGAGUGAAAUUCCAAGAGAAGUAAAAUUGGAAUAAUCUUGUCGAGAACAUCGCUGGUGCUUCUUAUGGAGUCUUACGCACAUUGCGAAAAUUAAAACCUUUUCGCUCCAUUAAAGAAACUAGACUUGUAUUUCCCUAUGUGGAGGGUUGAAUGAACUUCUAAGGAUUAUAUAGUUAUACUGGCGCGUGAUUCUUCCCUAAAACUCCUUAAAACUGGGUGCGUUCGUUCUACCUAUCACGCCUGUACAACUGAAACGGCUCCUUCAAAAAGACCAUACAUAUAUAUUUGAAAACACAUUACUUGUGACCUUUCCCUUUUCAGACGGCCACCACUAUGGAACAGCCGAGAAGCUUUAGGUUUCCAGAUAAUUGCCCGGAUGCAGAUUGCGAUUUUCUUGUGACAUACCAAGCCUCUGGUGAUUAUCGGGUGGUUAUUGAACUAAGAGGCAGAGGAAACUGGGCAGGCGUGGGAUUCAGUGGUGAUAACCAAAUGGUAAGCAACCUUAAUCUGCAGGAUUAACUUAUCUGUUGAGGCAGGCGUAUAAGGAAGUAAUGAAAGACGAUUGCUUCAUGAGCAAAUUUUUCGCAUCCAAAAAUUCAAAAAAUAGAGGCUGUUUUCUAAGAGUGAGUGUGCCAAUGGAUUGGAGGCACUCGCGGUUAGCGGUUAAUAAAUUUGUCUUUUUAACGCUAACGUUUAAUUGUUUUUCUGUAAUACUGCAGUUAACCGCGAAACUAAGCUUACAAAAGUCAGUUGUUCCAAAAGUUCAUAAUUAAACUUUUAAUGGUCCCAAAAUCACUCUAAUUUAUUUGGAAGUCUCUUAGGAUAUUUCCCUGAUAAAAAGGCUGAAACAGGCUACAUCAGCCAAGAACCUAAUCACAUACAUUCCCAGCAUGCGAUUGACACUCUCUAAAUGGCAUGUUGUGGUUAGGAAAAUGUUUAUCAAUCAACUUUUUUUACGCCCAACUAGUUUCUAAUAAUUGUAGCCCUGUUGAGGCUCUUUCUAACUCUUACCUCCACAGCCUGAUACCGACAUACUUAUUUGCGCUAGUGAUACCUCACUGAGUGGCCAUUAUUACGCAACAGCUAGAACAACACCAACUAGGACAGUUCCAGUAAGUCAUUUAUUGCUGUUUUUUAUUAUUGGCGAUGUAGCCAGUUCCGUUUCUCGCUCCCUUGCCUUUAAUUAGUUCUCAUCAUAUUUAUUUAGCAUGUAGUUAUCGCAAGUUACGACUGCAGCCGCCCGACCAUUGCUUCUCUUUGAUUCCAAAGCUCAUCUUCGCCAUUGUCGCUUUUUCUCCCGUUUCUAUCGGACUAUAAGCACGUGCGAAAUUUCAUUUUACUCAGUCUAAGCUCUUUCUACACUUCUGUACCUGAGAUACUGGCAUAUUUUUACAAAUUUUAACGCAUUCUCUUCGUGGUCACAACAGUAUAUACAGUUUUAUCACGAGCAAGUAAAAUAGAGUAAUACAUUUCGAGAACGUUCAGACAUGUACGUUUAACAGAACGUUUUGUUUUAAGAUUAAAUUAAAAGAAAAAGGUGACUGAGAUACAUAACAUAGAGAAGAUGAAGCCACUCAAGAAAUUUACCGAGGUACCAGGUUGAAUCAUGAUAUCAACUCUUAUUAGCCAAAACCUUUUAUUUUUUAUUAUUAAUUUUUUUUUUAUAGGCUCCACUGGCGGUAGAAAUCAGUGACCAAUCAUUUAAUGGUGGCGUGGUGUCUUGCAGGUAACGUAUCAUCAUCAUUAUCGUCGUUAAUUAUCAUAGACAUCCUAUUCAUUAUCAAUAUAAUCAUAUCAUUAUAUUUAGCAAUUAUUCGCCAAAGGCGAAGUAAAUAUUGUUGAAUAAUUCGUCUCGGGGAUUAUUCAACAAUAUUAACUGAGCCUGAUGUGAACAAAUGCUUUAGUAUAUUCACACGAAGUGAUCUCAACAGAAUCAGAAAGGAAACCUUUAAAAAAUAUAUUGGGUGAGUUUGAUUGAAUUGAUUGAAUUCGUGCGUGAACACGAAGCCGUAAAUAGUGGAUGCGCAAGAGUUAGAUCUUUACAGUGUCUUCAAACAUGGCAAAUGAUAGUUUUAAUCUUUUUGUAUCGAUUGUUGUACCUUUAGCAUCAACGGUUUAAAAGAAAACGCCGAAAAUUUAAAUUACUCCCUAAUUCUGAGAAGAAAAGUAGAGCUUUGUUUGUUUUUGUCAACUCACUGUGAAUGAGAAAGUUUUAUUUGUCGCUUUCUCCAAAGUGCUAUCAACAGCGGCUACGAUCAAGGUGAGCGUCGUUUAUCUGCAGUGUUCUUUGCCUUGUUAACGUGCUGGCACUUACAGUUUUCGAAAAUAUCUGCCUUCCUUUUUUCUCCAUAAAUUAACUUCUAUUUAUAGGCAAAAUUGGUCUUGCGAGAAAAUCCCGAAAUCACAAAACAGUAGCAAAGCGGCCUCGUUUUCCUCUGUAGUGGUAAACAUAGCUUCGAAAGUACCAAAAGUCAGCUACAGUAAACCACUUCACAAUAAAUUAAAAUCACGCUGUUUAAACACCAUGAAGUCUUUCCCUACCUUCAAAGUCAUCAACACUUAGAAAUUCUUGUAGUUUCAAAAAGCUCUUACUAUGUAACUUUGGCAAAACACCCAGUUCACGACAGCGAUUUUGUUCUGCUUUAUAUUCACCGCCUAGCGCGGUGAAUAUUUAACAUUUAUUCCUCGAGCCCGAAUGGACUCUGAGUCAAUAGCUAUUGACUCAGAGGCCAUUCCGGCUCGAGGAAUAAAUGUAUAGUAAAAUCCAAGUAGUUGGUCAUAAAUUUCGAGAAAAAACAACUUUAGUUAGCAAAACGCGAUUCAGCCGCCAUUGUUUUGGUUUUCAAAGUCGGCGCUUUUCGCUGCUAGUGGGCUAUAACAUAUAGCCUAGUAGAAGCUCAACCAAUCUGAACGCAGCAUUGAUAAUAGACCACUAGUUGGAUUUUGCUAAAACGUCAUAGUCCGAGAUAGCGAGCCAAUCAGAUUGCUUGAAUCACCAAGAUCACUGAGUGUGUAUAUACUAAUAUCAUAUUCUCAAAACUGUUGGAUCAUAUUCAUUUACUGAAAAUCCCUGCAAAAUGCAGGAAAUGGCAUUUGCGACACCCUUAAUUUAAAUGUUUUCUGGGGGAACAUGCCCCAGACCCCCUGGUUUGAAGCGCCUUCAGCUUUCUAACUUUCUUCACGCUGAUUUCUCUCACAUUUCGACCUUGAUUUGCAGUUGGAAUUCGAUAAGUUCUUGUUAGGAUAACAGGGGAUUAUCCGUGACAACCAGAUCAGUGGUGAUUUUCUAUGGCCAAUGGAGUUACAAUAUUACUGGUAUACGAACAUUUGAGAAAUCUUGAACAGAAAAAAAACACCCACCUCAUUCACUUGCUUCAAGCCUACUUAAGCCAAAGACGGGCUACGCGGUCAACCAAAAAGGAACUCUUUGACUAUCAUAUUAUUUUACGCGCGUAAAUACGUAAGGCAAUACCACAACCAUUCCCCAAAAUGUAGCCUAGUGCAUGAUGUCAAUUAUGUUACUGUUUUAUAGAAUUACAAGGGAAAUAAACCCGGUAUCAGCGAAUUUUAGAAAUCUUGAAGAGCAGCAGUUUCUUUUGGGAGCAAUCGGUGAUUUAAACGGUAAGAAAAUAUCUGAUACGUUAAUCAGGAAAUUUAAAGUUUCAAUUUACGAGUUCAUUUUAACUUGUCUUGUCAGUGGUUCGUUAGACUUACAAAAGCUUCUGCCUGAUUUAACAAGAGGUGCCACCAUUACGAAUUUCGUAUUCAUAGCGGCAGGCGUGUGUCGGCUUCUAGAACAUGUAAGGUCAGGAGGAUCGGCUUCUCUACGAGUAGGCAAAGCAAUGUGUGGUACUUUAGACUUACACGUCAUAGAGCUUCUGCCUGAUAUAACAACAGGUGCCACCAUCGGUAUUCAUAGAUUCUCAGUUUACAUGAAGUAUAAUAUCCUUGAAACGUGUGUCUCGGCCAUGCUCAAGGAAAGCUGUGUUACUUUACAUCACCUUAGCAGGCAGCUUGGAAGAUCGCGAACUAUCAUUUGGUAACCAUUCAGGAGGACUAUUUCCGACUUUCUGGAAAUAAGAAACAUAUCAAAGCGUCAAUACCAUAUUUGCUUUAUUGCAGAGUCCUUAUGCUUUUAGUUGGGUUCAGUAGAGUGUUAAAGAUUAAACAAUAACAGCAGUAUCAAUUACGGCAUUAAUUAUAAUAAUUAUUAGCAUGAUAAUACAGUCGACUCCCGAUAACUCGAACCUUCAAGGGAAAUCAAAAAAAGGUUCGAUUUAUCGGGAUCCCGAAGAAAAUAGCCCAGAGUAAGGUAAACAACAGUUUUUAUUGCACAGUGAACAUUUUAAUCACAUUUAAUGGUAGAAAUGUCAAGUGAAAAAUAAAAGAUACUUCUAGAUUACAAAUCAGAACGUAACGUAACAAAACAUAGCCUAAAUAAAGCAUGCGUUUUACUGUUUUAAGAAGAAAAGCUGCUUCACGUUAGCCUGUGACAAUCAACAUCAGCCUCCACUAGUAAACUAUACUCCGACAACACGUCAAUAGGAAAUCCAAAAUUUAAUGUUUCGGACGCCCGUAGACGGUUUUUUUCCAGACUUUUUAAGGGCUCAAAACAUGGUUCGAGUUAUCGAGGGUAAAAUUAUGUAGAAAAUGACCUAAGGGGAAACGAAGAUUGGUUCGAGUUAGCGGGAGUUCGUGUUAUCGAGGGUUCGAGUUACCGAGGGUAAAAUUACAGUAAAUGUAUGACGGAAAUCCAGGGGAAAUCGAUUUUGGUUCGAGGUAGCGCGAGGUUCGAGUUAGUGAGGGUUCGAGUUAUCGGGAGUCGACUGUAUUAAAAUUGAUAAGAACGACUAUGGAAAUUAUCAUGGUACUGAUAAUAGAAAUGGGAAAGAUAAGGAUGGUGAAAGCGAUUACGAUGUAUGGCUUUACAUGGGCUUUUACGUUAUAACAACAGGUGCUACUAUCGCGAUUCAUUCAGCGAGACGUGCUUCAAGUUCUAGAAUCAACGUCCUGACAAGUGGGGGAGUGGGGAGUGGAGGAACUGUUAUUCCCUCAAGUUCCUCGUCGACGGUACGGUUUUACUUACUUUUUCUUGCUUAAGGUAAAAUAUUCCUGCCAUUUGAAAUGAAUGGGCAAUAACGAAAAUAAUUGCUGUAAUAAUAAUGGUACAAAUGAUCACAGCACCACUUCAACUCAGAUGCAUAGGUAAAAAAGAAUCUUUUAAAUGAGCAAAACUUCGAGGUUUACAGGGAAAUCAGGAUCAAGGAUCGAGGAUUGAGGAUCGGGGAUAAGUAAAUAAAUUGUGGAUGGUGAUGUGGGCCUUAGACUGUAGAUACAUUUCACAUAACAUAACCCCGUUCCCUGUACUGAACACUAAAUUUAAGUAAAAUACUCCGAGUCUGACUGAGUCAGUGAUCGUUUAGACGAGAAAGUCUAAAUGAAACACUUUAUCCCAGUGAUACUGUGAUAAAAUGCAUGCUGUGUACAGCUCUAAACAUUGCACUCUGAGACUGUACGGAGAUAUUAAAAGAAGAUACUGACUAAGCAGCCAUGGAAAAUGCACUUACUUUCAAGCGACUUUGAUAUCUUAAAAAACGGACAACAAAUUCAACAGGAAUACGCGCGAACUGAAUUAUCUGUCAGUUGUAUAAGGUUCCGCUAAACGUACACAUUUUUCCUGUGCUGAACAUAUACUAUACCGAGACGUAUCUUGGUCCGCUACAUAGAAGCUAUAUACAUAUACAUUUAUACUGAUAAAAAAUCAUCGUUCAAUUUUUUGAGCGUAUAAUCCCAAUGUGUUAAAUGUUGUCCAAAAUACCUCUUGAGCUCGCGAGUUUUAUAUGAGGGUACCAAUGAGGUUAACAGUUAACUGAUACUUGGCCAAAAAACAAUAGUUAGCUGAUAUUUGGCCAAAAAAUUGGUUGUUAACUGAGAAAUGAAAAGGUAACAGUUUAGUGACAACCUAUUAAUUAUACUGAAUAAAAUCGUCGAUGUUAAUGAAAGCAACAAAGGUUUUCAAACAGCAAAGCUUUCUUGUGACAUUUAUCUGCCCUGCUGAUGACCCGGUGAGAUGGCGGCAUUAACUGAUAAAAUUAUGAGCAAAAUAUACCAGGGUCCUACUAGCUAAACAGAAAGCGUCAGUCAUAGGGCUGGUUGUAGACAAUUCAACGAAUAAUUCAUAUUCUUAUGUUAACAAGAUUUCUGUUUUCGGGGAAAAAACAUUGUUUUCACGGACCCAAAAGAUCGUCAUAUUAAACAUAAUUUACUACCCAGAGAAAAAAAAAGGGGCCAUUGUUCAGUUAGACCUUGGAAAGAAGAACAUUCUGAUGGGUCAGAAAAUCAGCAUCUUUUGUCUACGUACUGGAAUUUGCACCAACAAGCAACAAUUUUUUGUAACUGGUGUUGCAGUUUUAGCUAUUAAGCUCGUGUUUAAACCAGUCUUUGUGAAACAGUUGCAUUAAAUUUUCUGAAACCUUAAGCUUUGGAUAUCUUUAUGAUCUUUUGAAAUACACGAAAAGGCACGCCUUCGAAAAAGGUAACAUACAGACACGCGAUAAAGAACUUUGACAAAGUCUGCGUGUAUGAACGCGAGGGAUGAACAAACAGCAACUGAAAACGUCAGGUGCUGAUGUUUUAUCCUCAAGGGAUAAAACUCAGAACCUCACCUAAAUCACAAUCCAGUCCCUAAUUGCUCUAUUAAAGGAACUAGACUUGUAUUUCCCGACGUGGAGGGUUGAAUUAACUUCCCAGGAUUACACUAGUUCUGGCUGGUGAUUCUUCCCUAAAACUCCUUUAGCCCGGGUGCGACCCACUACCCCUAUAAAACUGAAACGGCUCCUUCAAAAAGAACAUACAUGUAUAUUUGAAAUCAUAUUACUAGUGAUCUUUUCCUUUUCAGCCGGCCACCACUAUGCAACAAGGAAGCUUUAGGUUUCCAGAUAAUUGCCCGGAUGCAGAUUGCGGUUUUCUUGUGACUUACCAAGCCUCUGGUGAUAACAGUGUGGUUUUUGAACUAAGAGGCAGAGGAAACUGGGCAGGAGUGGGAUUUAGCGAUGAUAACCGAAUGGUAAGUAACCUUAUUCUGCAGAAUCGACUUAUCUGUAGAGGCGGACGUACGGACACAGCGAAGACGGCUACGUUAUAAGCAAAUUUCUCAAAUCCAUUAAUGUAAAGAGCUGCAGGUUGUUUUAUAAGAUUGUGCCAAUUGAUUGGACGCACUCGCGGUUAAUAGUUGAUAAUUUGUCUUUUUAACGCUAACGGUUAAUUGGUUUUCUCUUCUGCAGUUAACCUGACAAAAGUCAGUGGUUCGAAAGUUUCAAAAUAUUCAUUUUAAUGGUCCCAAAAUCAUUUUUAUGUGUAUGUCUCUUAGGAUCUUUCCGGAAAAAAAAGGAGGCUACAGGCUACAUCAUGCAGCCAUGCGGCCGAAUCACAUGAAGUCCCAGCAUUCGAUCGACCCUCUCUAAAUGGAAUGUUUUGUUUAAAACAGUCAACAUUUUUUUAGCACUAACUAGUUAACAUUUUUAUUUUUUUUUAUGCCCAACUAAUAAUAGUUUUAGCCUUGUUAUGGCCCUCUCCAAACUCUUGCCUGAGUUUUAUCUCGCUUUUCCACAGCCUGAUACAGACAUACUUAUUUGCGCCAGUGAUACCUCACUAAGUGGCCAUUAUUACGCAACAAGUAGAACAACACCAACAAGGACAGUUCCAGUAAGUCAUUUGCUGUUUUUUAUUAUUAUUAUUAUUAUUAUUAUUGGCGAUAUGGCCUUCUGAACGAUGCUAAACAUCAUACUUGAAGUUCGUUUUUUUAGUUUUCUUGCGCCCUUGCCUUUAAUUACUUUACCAUGUAGUUAUCCCAUGGUAGUGCGGCUGCCCUCUUCUUUGCUCCUCUGAUUCCAAAGCUUAUCACCAUAAUCGUUUUUUCUUACGUUUCUAUCAGACAAUAAGCAAAUGCGAACUUUUCAUUUUACUCAAGACAUUCAAUUCUACACUGUACCUGAGAUGCUGGCAUGUUUACACGCAUUCUCUUCGUAGUCACAACCUUAUAAAAUUAUACAUUUUUAUCACGAGUAGGUAAAUAAAGUAAUAUGUGUCUUGAGAACGUUUAGACAUGUACGUUUAACAGAACGUUUUGUUUUGAAAUUAAAGAAAGAAAAAGGUGACUGAGAUACAUAAAAUAGAGCAGAUGAAGCCACUCAAGAAAUUUAUCGAGGUACCAGGUUGAAUAAUCAGUUUAAUUCACAUUUGCCAAAACUUUUUAAAAUUUAUUAUUAUUUUUUUUAUAGACUCCACUCGCGGUAGAAAUCACUGACCAAUCAUUUAAUAAUGGCGUGGUGUCUUGCAGGUAAGUCAUCAUCAUCGUUGUCGUUAGUUAUCAUAGACAUCAUCAUCAAUAUAAUCAUCAUCAUGUAUGUUAUCAUGUUCUCAAAACUGUUGGAUCAUACAAAAUGCCCUGCAAAAUACAGGGAAUGGUAUUUUUGAAACCCGUAAUUUGAUUUUUUCCGGGGGAGCAUGCCCCCAGACCCCGUAGUUUUUGAGAGUCUUCGGCUCCAUAACUUUUUUCCAGUGGGUACGCCUUCUAAACUUCACCGGUUUCGCCCCUUCUUCGCAGUUGGAUUUCAAUAAGUUUUUGUUAGGAUAACAGUGGAUUAUCCGAGUCGACUAGAUUAGUGGUGAUUUUUUUUUAUCGCCAAUGGAGUUACGAUGAUACGACCAUUUAAGACAUCUUAAACAGAAAAAAACACCUUCCUCAUUCACUUGCUCCAAGCCUAAUUAAGCCAAAGACAGUCUACGAGGUCGUCUAAAAGGGAACUCUUUUAUCCUAUUAUCUUGUAUUUUACGCUCAUAAAUUAAUACGUAUGAUACUAAGUGAAUGACACUAGCAUUGCCCCAAAAAGUCAAGCCUUGUGAUGUCAGUUGUGCUUCUGUUUUGUAGAAUUACAAGGGAAGUAAACUUGAGAUUAGAGAAUUUUAGAAAUCUUGAAGAGCAUCAGUUUCUUUUGGGAGCAAUCGGUGGUUUAAGCGGUAAGAAAAUACCUUAUACGUUAAUUAGCAAGUUUUUAAAGUUCUAAAUUACGAGGUUACACGAGGAGAUACAUUUUAACUUGUCUUGCAUUUUUUUGCUGCCCAGAAGGCCCCAAAAUUUCCGGUCGUAGUAACAUCAUUCUACAGCAGUUUUAUCAGUAAGAGAAAUUUUACUUUAGGUGUGCUUAAUUCACGGAGUAACCUCUCUUGGAACAUGCCUCGCAUGCUGCAAUAAAAUUUCGAUCAAUGAUAGGAAAAUGGAAUAGUGAAUUCUCGUACAUGAACGGCUUAUUAAUUAUAGUCAUUGCCUUAUGGAUAAGAACUAGUAGGAUAAUCUCAUUAUAUAGCUUGUGAGCUUGGAGUACUGGUGGUUUCGCCCAUAUUUGCGUGGCAAGUUUCAGGCUAUUCAGAUGUCUUGGCCAAUGUGAACAAUUAUUGGGCAAACUGACAUCUCACUAUUUCGGACAUUCAGUGCUAAACCCAAUAAUGACUGUCUUAUAAGACAGAGUUUACAAUGGUACGUUAGACUUACAAAAGUUUCGGCCUGCUUUAACAACAGGUGCCACCAUCGGUAUUCAUGAACAGGCGUGUGUCGGCUUCUAGAGCAUGUAAGGUCAGGAGGAUCUGCUUUUCUACGAGUAGGCAAAGAAAAAUGUAUUAAAAUUACUUUGUGCACCAACUUCCGAGUUUCCCGCUACAUUUUUGUUGCAAAAAAACGCUCUUAAGCUAAACUAUUUUUUCCAGAGAUAAUUGCAAGGAAAAUUCAGUUCUGGAGUGGUACAUUGAGCAGUGUCUCUUGAAACUUGUCUCGCAGCUGCAGCCCAGCACAACUGCGAUAAGAUAUGAAACAUGUUUCUGGGACGUGAUAAGGGAGCUCUGUUGGAGAAGCACGUCCCCUCGUGUGACAAAAUGUUUCUCCUCCAUAAUGCGUGGAAUGCAACUCGUAAAAUCUUUGCACCAAGAAGCGGGGACAAAAUGGCCUAGAUUCUCAGUAUGAAUGAAGUAGAAUAUCCUUGAUACGUGACCAUUAGUGUGUCUCGGCCUUGGUCAAGGAAAUCUGUCUUUCUCUACAUCACCUUAACUGGCAGCUUGGAAGAUCGUGAACUCUCAUUUGGUCACUAUUCUGAAGCGCUAUUUCAGAGUUUCUGGAAAUAAGAAACAUAUACCGCCAAUAUCAUAUUUGCUUUAUUGCAGAGUCCUUUCAGAGUACAGUACAGAGUUAAAGAUUAAACAAUAACAGCAGUAUCAUUUACGACAUUAAUAGUUAUUAUUAUUAUAAUGAUAAUAUUAAAAUUGAUAAGACUGAUAAUAAAAAUUAUCAUGGUACUGAUAAUAGAAAUGGAAAUGAUAAGGAUGGUGAAAGCGAUUGAGAUAUAUGGCUUUACAUGAGCUUUAACGUUAUAACAACAGGUGCUACUAUCGGGAUUCAUUCAGAGAGACGUGCUUCAAGUUCUAGAAUCAACGUCGUCCUGAGAAGUGGGAGACUUCCCUCAAGUUCCUCGCCGACGGUACGGUCUGACUUACUUUUUCUUGCUUAAGAUCAAAUAUUCCUGCCAUACGAAAUGAGUGGGCAAUAUCGCUGAUUAAUGACUGUGAUAAUAAUGGUACAAAUUAUCACAGCACCACUUCAACUCAGAUGCACCGGAUAAAAAGAGAAAGAGAUUGCUUCAGUAGAAUUUGGUAGCUUUAUUAUAGCAAGAAUAUAGUAAAUGAGAAUGGAAAAACGCACAUGAGAUUUUGAGCACCUCCUCAAAUCAGAUGCACUGGAUAGUAAAAAGAGAAAAAAUUGCUUCAGUAGAGUUUGGUAGCUGUUUAUACGUGGUCUCAAAGAUGAAAACCUCAAUUUAGAAAUUUAGAAUCUUCAAUUGGAAAGAGUCAAUAAGACAAGGCUACUAGGAGUGAAAUUCCAAGAGAAGUCAAAUUGGAAUGAUCUUGUCGAGAACAUCGCCAGUGCUUCUUAUGGAGUCUUACGCACAUUGCGAAAAUUGAAACCUUUUCGCUCUAUUAAAGAAACUAGACUUGUAUUUCCCUAUGUGGAGGGUUGAAUGAACUUCUAAGGAUUAUAUAAUUAUACUGGCGGGUGAUUCUUCCCUAAAACUCCUUAAAACUGGGUGCGUUCGUUCUACCUACCACGCCUGUACAACUGAAACGGCUCCUUCAAAAAGACCAUACAUAUAUAUUUGAAAACACAUUACUUGUGACCUUUCCCUUUUCAGCCGGCCACCACUAUGGAACAGCCGAGAAGCUUUAGGUUUCCAGAUAAUUGCCCGGAUGCAGAUUGCGAUUUUCUUGUGACAUACCAAGCCUCUGGUGAUUAUCGGGUGGUUAUUGAGCUAAGAGGCAGAGGAAACUGGGCAGGGGUGGGAUUCAGUGGUGAUAAUCAAAUGGUAAGCAACCUUAAUCUGCACGAUUAACUUAUCUGUUGAGGCAGGCGUAUAAGCAGGAAGUAAUGAAAGGCGAUUGCUUCAUGAGCAAAUUUUUCGCAUCCAAAAAUUCAAAAAAUAGAGGUUGUUUUCUAAGAGUGAGUGUGCCAGUGGAUUGGAGGCACUCGCGGUUAGCGGUUAAUAAAUUUGUCUUUUUAACGCUAACGUUUAAUUGUUUUUCUGUAAUACUGCAGUUAACCGCGAAAAUAACCUUACAAAAGUCAGUUGUUUUAAAAGUUCAUAAUUAAACUUUUAAUGGUCCCAAAAUCACUCUAAUUUAUUUGUAAGUCUCUUAGGAUAUUUCCCGGAUAAAAAGGCUGAAACAGGCUACAUCAGCCAAGAACCGAAUCACAUACAUUCCCAACAUGCGAUUGACACUCUCUAAAUGACAUGUUGUGGUUAGAAAAAUGUUUAUCAAUCAACUUUUUUUACGCCCAACUAGUUUCUAAUAAUUUUAGCCUUGUUGAGGCUCUUUCUAACUCUUACCUCCACAGCCUAAUACCGACAUACUUAUUUGCGCUAGUGAUACCUCACUGAGUGGCCAUUAUUACGCAACAGCUAGAACAACACCAACUAGGACAGUUCCAGUAAGUCAUUUAUUGCUAUUUUUUAUUAUUGGCGAUGUAGCCAGUUCGGUUUCUUGCUCGCUUGGCUUUAAUUAGUUCUCAUCAUAUUUAUUUAGCAUGUAGUUAUCGCAAGUUACGACUUCAGCCGCCCGACCUUUGCUUCUCUCUGAUUCCAAAGCUCAUCUUCGCCAUUGUCGCUUUUUCUCCCGUUUCUAUCGGACUAUAAGCACGUGCGAAAUUUCAUUUUACUCAGUCUAAGCUCUUUCUACACUUCUGUACCUGAGAUACUGGCAUGUUUUUACAAAUUUUAACGCAUUCUCUUCGUGGUCACAACAGUAUAUACAGUUUUAUCACGAGUAAGUAAAAUAGAGUAAUAUAUUUCGAGAACGUUCAGACAUGUACGUUUAACAGAACGUUUUGUUUUAAGAUUAAAUUAAAAGAAAAAGGUGACUGAGAUACAUAACAUAGAGAAGAUGAAGCCGCUCAAGAAAUUUACCGAGGUACCAGGUUGAAUCGUGAGAUCAACUCUUAUUAGCCAAAACCUUUUAUUUUUUAUUAUUAAAUAUUUUUUAUAGGCUCCACUCGCGGUGCAAAUCACUGACCAAUUAUUUAAUGGUGGCGUGGUGUCUUGCAGGUAACGUAUCAUCAUCAUCAUCGUCGUUAAUUAUCAUAGACAUCCUAUUCAUUAUCAAUAUAAUCAUAUCAUUAUAUUUAGCAAUUAUUCGCCGAAGGCGAAGUAAAUAUUGUUGAAUAAUUCGUCUCGGGGAUUAUUCAACAAUAUUAACUGAGCCUGAGGUGAACAAUUGCUUUAGUAUAUUCACACGAAGUGAUCUCAACAGAAUCAGAAAGGAAACCUUUAAAAAAUAUAUUGGGUGAGUUUGAUUGACGGGUGAAUUCAUGCGUGAACACGAAGCCGUUAAUAGUGGAUGCGCAAAAGUUAGAUCUUUACAGUAUCUUCAAACAUGGCAAAUGAUAGUUUUAAUCUUUCUGUAUCGAUUGUUGUACCUUUAGCAUCAACGGUUUAAAAGAAAACGUCGAAAAUUUAAAUUACUCCCUAAUUCUGAGAAGAAAAGUAGAGCUUUAUUUGUUUUUGUCAACUCACUGUGAAUGAGAAAGUUUUAUUUGUCGCUUUCUCCAAAAUGCUAUCAACAGCGGCUACGAUCAAGGUGAGCGUUGUUUAUCUGUAGUGUUCUUUGCCUUGUUAACUUGCUGGCACUUACAGUUUUCGAAAAUAUUUGCCUUCCUUUUUUCUCCAUAAAUUGACUUCUAUUUAUAGGCAAAAUUGGUCUUGCGAGAAAAUCCCGAAAUCACAAAACAGUAACAAAGAGGCCUCGUUUUCCUCUGUAGUGGGAAACAUAGCUUCGAAAGUACCAAAAGUCAGCUACAGUAAACCACUUCACAAUAAAUUAAAAUCACGCUGUUUAAACACCAUGAAGUCUUUCCCUACCUUGAAAGUCAUCAACACUUGGAAAUUCUUGUAGUUUCAAAAAGCUCUUACUAUGUAACUUUGGCAAAACACCCAGUUCACGACAGCGAUUUUGUUCUACUUUAUAUUCACCGCCUAGCGCGGUGAAUAUUUAACAUUUAUUCCUCGAGCCCGAAUGGGCUCUGAGUCAUUCCGGCUCGAAGAAUAAAUGUUUAGUAAAAUCCAAGUAGUUGGUCAUAAAUUUCGAGAAAAAACAACUUUAGUUAGCAAAACGUGAUUCAGCCGCCAUUGUUUUGGUUUUCAAAGUCGGCGCUUUUCGCUGCUAGUGGGCUAUAACAUAUAGCCUAGUAGAAGCUCAACCAAUCUGAACGCAGCAUUGAUAAUAGACCACUAGUUGGAUUUUGCUAAAACGUCAUAGUCCGAGAUAGCGAGCCAAUCAGAUUGCUUGAAUCACCAAGAUCACUGAGUGUGUACUAAUAUCAUAUUCUCAAAACUGUUGGAUCAUAUUCAUUUACUGAAAAUGCCCUGCAAAAUGCAGGAAAUGGCAUUUGCGACACCCUUAAUUUAAAUGUUUUCUGGGGGAACAUGCCCCAGACCCCCUGGUUUGAAGCGCCUUCAGCUUUCUAACUUUCUUCACGCUGAUUUCUCUCACAUUUCGACCUUGAUUUGCAGUUGGAAUUCGAUAAGUUCUUGUUAGGAUAACAGGGGAUUUUACGCGCGUAAAUACGUAAGGCAAUACCACAACCAUUCCCUAAAAUGUAGCCUAGUGCAUGAUGUCAAUUGUGUUACUGUUUUAUAGAAUUACAAGGGAAAUAAACCCGGUAUCAGCGAAUUUUAGAAAUCUUGAAGAGCAGCAGUUUCUUUUGGGAGCAAUCGGGGAUUUAAACGGUAAGAAAAUAUCUGAUACGUUAAUUAGGAAAUUUAAAGUUUCAAUUUACGAGUUCAUUUUAACUUGUCUUGCAGUUUUUUUUUACUGCAAAAAGGGACCAAAAUUUCCGGUCAUAACAUCAUUAUUCUACAGCCGUUUUAUCAGUUAGAGAAUUGUUAUUAAAGGUGUGCUUACUUCACUGAGUAACUUCUCUUGGAACUUGCCUCGCAUGUUGCAAUGAAACUUCGAUCAAUUAUAGGAAAAAGUAAUAAUUAUGGUACAACGUCUUAUAAAUUAUAAUUGUUGUCGUAUGGAUCAGAACUAGUAGGAUAAUCGCAUUAUGUAACUUGUGCCCUUGAGCUACUGGUGGUUUCACCCAUCUUUGCGAGCCACUCUUUAAAGGCAAGUUUCAAGCUAUAUGACGGUCUUGGCCAAUGUAAACAUUUAUUGGGCACACUACUGACAUCUCUCUAUUUCGGAUAUUCAGUGCUAAACCCGAUAUUGGUGACUGUCUUAGACAGAGUUUACAGUGGCACGUUAGACUUACAAAAGCUUCUGCCUGAUUUAACAAGAAGUGCCACCAUUCCGUUUCGUAUUCAUAGCGGCAGGCGUGUGUCGGCUUCUAGAACAUGUAAGGUCAGGAGGAUCGGCUUCUCUACGAGUAGGCAAAGCAAUGUGUGGUACUUUAGACUUACACGUCAUAGAGCUUCUGCCUGAUAUAACAACAGGUGCCACAAUCGGUAUUCAUAGAUUCUCAGUUUACAUGAAGUAUAAUAUCCUUGAAACGUGUGCCUCGGCUGUGCUCAAGGAAAGCUGUGUUACUUUACAUCACCUUAGCAGGCAGCUUGGAAGAUCGCGAACUAUCAUUUGGUCACCAUUUAGGAGGACUAUUUCCGACUUUCUGGAAAUAAGAAACAUAUCAAAGCGUCAAUGUCAUAUUUGCUUUCUUGCAGAGUCCUUAUGCUUUUAGUUGGGUUCAGUACAGUGUUAAAGAUUAAACAAUAACAGCAGUAUCAAUUACGGCAUUAAUAAUAAUAAUAAUUAUUAGCAUGAUAAUACAGUCGACUCCCGAUAACUCGAACCUUCAAGGGAAAUAAAAAAAAAGGUUCGAGUUAUCGUGAGUUCGAGUUAUCGGGAUCCCGAAGAAAGUAGCCGAGAGUAAGGUAAACAACAGUUUUUAUUGCACAGUGAACAUUUUAAUCACAUUGUAGAAAUGUCAAGUGAAAAGUAAAAGAUACUUCUAGAUUACAAAUCAGAACGUAACGUAACAAAACAUAGCCUAAAUAGAGCAUGCGUUUUACUGUUUUGAGAAGAAAAGCUGCUUCACGUUAGCCUGUGACAAUCAACAUCAGCCUCCACUGGUAAACUAUACUCCGACAAAACGUCAAUAGGAAAUCCAAAAUUCAAUGUUUCGGACGCCCGUAGACGGCUUUUUUCCCGACUUUCUAAGGGCUCAAAACAUGGUUCACCGAGUCUAUUUAUCGAGGGUAAAUUUAUAUAGAAAAAGACCUAAGGGGAAACGAAAAUUGGUUCGAGUUAGCGGGAGUUCGUGUUAUCGAGGGUUCGAGUUACAGAGGGUAAAAUUACAGUAAAUGUAUGACGGAAAUCCAGGGGAAAUCGAUUUUGGUUCGAGUUAGCGCGAGGUUCGAGUUAGCGAGGGUUCGAGUUAUCGGGAGUCGACUGUAUUAAAAUUGAUAAGAACGACGAUGGAAAUUAUCAUGGUACUGAUAAUAGAAAUGGGAAAGAUAAGGAUGGUGAAAGCGAUUACGAUAUAUGGCUUUACAUGAGCUUUUACGUUAUAACAACAGGUGCUACUAUCGCGAUUCAUUCAGCGAGAAGUGCUUCAAGUUCUAGAAUCAACGUCCUGACAAGUGGGGGAGUGGGGAGUGGAGGAACUGUUAUUCCCUCAAGUUCCUCGUCGACGGUACGGUUUUACUUACUUUUUCUUGCUUAAGGUAAAAUAUUCCUACCAUUUGAAAUGAAUGGGCAAUAACGAAAAUAAUUGCUGUAAUAAUAAUGGUACAAAUGAUAACAGCACAACUUCAACUCAGAUGAAUAGGUAAAAAAGAGAAAGAACGUACUUUAGUAGAGUUUGGUUGCUGUUUAUAUUAUAGCAAGCAUAUAGCAAGUGAGAACAGAAAUAAGCAUGUGAGAUUUUUAGCGCCCCUUCAAAUCAGAGGCACUAAAUAAAAAGAGAAAAAAUUGCUCCAGUAGGGUUUGGUAGCUAGUUAGUCGAGCUUGCUUUAGCAGAGCGAGACUUUAAAAAUGCAGGCGUUUCUUUUUUUUUCUUUGUCUGUCAGCACCAAAUAGUAGGCCAGGCGUUCCUAGUGGAGAGCUUGGAAACUGAAGAUAAAAUUCUUGACGACUUUCAUUGUAUGCAAAUGAAUCUCGUAAUGAGCAUGCUGUUUAUUUUCAGCGAUGACUGAAAUGACGCAUAUAGGUUGAUCACGUUUUCGCUGUUUGGCAAUGAUGUAAUUUUCUCCGAAUCGAGGCCCUUGAUUUUCGUGUAAUUAUGCACGACAUGCACGCGUAUUAAAAAGUAAAUAUUAUGAGUAGGAUAAGAAAAUAUUAUAGUGGGAAAAUUCUGUUUCGCGGUGUAUUGAGGCGUUACGUUUCUCAGAAUAUUGUCGCAAUUACUGAGACGCUACGGUUAAAUAGAUUCACUUUGUUGUAUGUAUUUGAUUGAUAGAUUUUCUGUUAUAAAUACUUAAGAUAACAAUGAUUUAAACUUUAAGUACAACUACCCGCCUGACGCUAGUGUAUGUGUCACGGAUGUGUUUAUACGGGUAGCUUUGUACUUGACUAUCACGUACUCUAGUUGCAGCACUUCAUGUCUAUAGAAUAGAUAUCUCAUAUCGAACUUUUCCGGAACGGUACAGGAAUUCUAUCGCUUGAAAGCGUUGAUUACAUUGGAACAAGAUAUUACUUCAGUGGUCGAAAAAAAAAGAUUAAUCUUUUAAAUGAGCAAAACUUCGAGGUUUACUGGGAAAUCAGGAUCAAGGAUCGAGGAUUGAGGAUCGGGGAUAAGUAAAUAAAUCGUGGAUCGUGGUGAUGUGGGCCGUCGACUGUAGAUACAUUUCACAUAACAUAACCCCGUUCGCUGUACUGAACACUAAAUUUAAGUAAAAUACUCCGAGUCUGACUGAGUCAGUAAUCGUUUGAACGAGAAAGUCAAAUUUUUCUGGAAAAUGAAACACUUUAUCCCAGUGAUACUGUGAUAAAAUGCAUGCUGUGUACAGCUCUGAACAUUGCACUCUGAGACUGUACGGAGAUAUUAAAAGAAGAUACUGACUAAGCAGCUAUGGAAAAUGCAAUUACUUUCAAGCGACUUUGAUAUCUUAAAAAACGGACAACAAAUUCAACAGGAAUACGCGCGAACUGAAUUAACUGUCAGUUGUAUAAGGUUCCGCAAAACGUACACAUUUUUCCUGUGCUGAACAUAUACUUUAUUAUAUACAUACUGAGAAAUACUCACCAAAAAGCUAUGUCGUAAAUUUUCGUACGCAAAUUAGUUCUAGCCAAUCAGAGUUGCGAACGAUGGUUUUCACACGUGAAAAAAAUGAUACGUCCAAUCAGAAUCGCGAGCGAUGUUUUUUCACGUGUGAGAAAAAUGAUACGUCCAAUCAGAGGCGACAGAGGUGUGUGAGUUUCGCGCCAAAAUUCCCGCCUUUUAUUGCAACUUGCGGCGCCGCUUCGCACACAUUCAACGAGAAAAGUUUUACUCAAAGAGUUUUUCUCGCUAAAAAAGUGAAAAACAUUUUGGAAAUGGAGUGGAAUAGUUUCGUUUGUGUCACUGUCGAUAAAGAAAACGGCAGAGAGCCGGCGAAACAACAGCGGAAAGGGAAAAACAGAACGAGACGUAAGCUUUUGUUGUGCUUUUUGUCGGAGCUACUUUGCCUUUCAUUUAAGCUUAAGCUUAUAUUGAAACCGGCCAUUUUACUUAAAUUCACUCAUUUUCAAUUGUGCAUUGACAACAAACAGUGAAGAUCACUUAUAGUUCUUGGAUUACCUCAUAUCCUUACCGUCAUUUAUGUUGUUAACAAACGUUUUUACUAAAAAGCUGAUACUUCGUUUUCGUUGUCAUUUUGCGGCAAGUGUGUAGCGGCAAAUAAGCAUUUUUGAAAGAUUUAAAAUAAAAAGGCCGCCAAAAUGAUGAAUGUCUCGGUAUGUAUAUAAUAAACACAAUACCAUAUGGAAAGUGCUUUGUACGGUAUUUACGCACUCGUUGUUUUUGUAUCAGAAAUCUUACUCGUUCGCUGCGCUCACUCGUUCGAUUUCUGAUUCGUCAACAACUCGUGCGUAAAUACCGUACGACAGCACUUUCCAUGAAGUAUUCUCUAUAUACCGAGACGUAUCUUGGUCCGCUACAUAGAAGCUAUAUACAUAUACAUUAUACUGAUAAAAAAUCAUUGUUCAAUUUUUUGAGCGUAAAAUCCCAAUGUGUUAAAUGUUGUCCAAAAUACCUCUUGAGCUCGCGAGUUUUAUAUGAGGGUACCAAUGAGGUUAACAGUUAACUGAUACUUGGCCAAAAAACAAUAGUUAGCUGAUAUUUGGCCAAAAAAUUGGUGGUUAACUGAGAAAUGAAAAGGUAACAGUGACAUCCUAUUAACUAUACUGAAUAAAAUCGUCGAUGUUAAUUGUGAUGAACAAUGAACAUUCAAUCAAAGAGAACUUGAUUACGUAAUUAAGCUUAGUUUUGUUUUGAUUUAGAUAAGAUACGUUUCUGUUCUGUUUCAUUUAUCGAGUUUUUACGCCCCUAUUUUCUUGUACUAUUGUUCACAGUUUGAAUCAAUUACGUAGUUAACCAUUCCUGUUUUCUAACCGGUUUUACAACUGUACACGUGAAUUGUAGUCUUAUCAGAGAACGCCCCUUUAGUUUUUGGGGAGUUGGAGUUAGGAGAUCUACGGAGCAACGUCGGAGUUUUCAGAGCGGUUUUAUCUUUUUCGGAGUUACGUAACGUUGGAGUUUCUCUAGCCCUUAAGACAGGAUCAGACGUAAGUUUCAGCUUAUUGUAUUUAGUUUUCGUUUUCCUUUCAAUUUUGCUUCUUUUGUAAUUAGCCUCAGCCCCUUUUUUGAUCUUGUACAUUGUAAUUUCCCCUUUUAGUUUUCACCGCAUGUGUACAAUAAUUCAGACGAGUUGGUGAUCGUAUUAAAUGCUGUUGAGUCAACUUGUGCUGUUAAAUUUUAUACUGUGGUUGACACUUCCCGAUCUCCAGUGCACAACAUCCCGUGUCCGCUGCACUGGGUACGCGACAUUAAUGAAAGCAACAAAGGUUUUCAAACAGCAAAGCUUUCUUGUGACAUUUAUCUGCCCUGCUGAUGACCCGGUGAUAUGGCGGCAUUAACUGAUAAAAUUAUGUGCAAAAUAUACCAGGGUCCUACUAGCUAAACAGAAAGCGUCAGUCAUAGCGCUGGUUGUAGACAAUUCAACGAAUAAUUCAUAUUCUUAUGUUAACAAGAUUUCUGUUUUCGGGGAAAAAAAAACAUUGUUUUCACGGACCCAAAAGAUCGUCAUAUUAAACAUAAUUUACUACCCAGAGAAAAAAGACGUGACUAUUGUUCAGUUAGACCUUGGAAAGAAGAACAUUCUGAUGGGGCAGAAAAUCAGCAUCUUUUGUUUACGUACUGGAAUUUACACAAACAAGCAACAAUUUUUUGUAACUGAUGUUGCAGUUUUAGCUAUUAAGCUCGUGUUUAAACCAGUCUUUGUGAAACAGUUGCAUUAAAAUUUCUGAAACCUUAAGCUUUGGAUAUCUUUAUGACCUUUUGAAAUAAACGAAAAGGCACGCCUUCGAAAAAGGUAACAUACAGACACGCGAUAAAGAACUUUGACAAAGUCUGCGUGUAUGAACGCGAGGGAUGAACAAACAGCAACUGAAAACGUCAGGUGCUGAUGUCUUAUCCUCAAGGGAAAAAACUCAGAACCUCACCUAAAUCAUAAUCCAGUCCCUAAUUGCCCUAUCAAAGAAACUAGACUUGUAUUUCCCGAUGUGGAGGGUUGAAUUAACUUCCCAGGAUUACACUAGUGCUGGCUAGUGAUUCUUUCCUAAAACUCCUUUAACCCGGGUGCGACCCACUACCCCUGUAAAACUGAAACGGCUCCUUCAAAAAGAACAUACAUGUAUAUUUGAAAUCAUAUUACUAGUGAUCUUUUCCUUUUCAGCCGGCCACCACUAUGCAACAAGGAAGCUUUAGGUUUCCAGAUAAUUGCCCAGAUGCAGACUGCGAUUUUCUUGUGAAUUACCAAGCCUCUGGUGAUAACAGUGUGGUUUUUGAACUAAGAGGCAGAGGAAACUGGGCAGGAGUGGGAUUUAGCGAUGAUAACCAAAUGGUAAGUAACCUUAGCCUGUAGAAUCGAUUUAUCUGUAGAGGCGGACGUACGGACGCAGGGAAGGACAGUUACGUGAUAAGCAUCUCAAAUCCAUUAAUGAAAAGAGCUACAGGUUGUUUUAUAAGAGUGUGCCAAUUGAUUGGACGCACUCGCGGUUAGUAGUUGAUAAUUUGUCUUUUUAACGCUAACAGUUAAUUGGUUUUCUCUUCUGCAGUUAACCGAAACUAACAUAACAAAAGUCAGUUGUUCCAAAAUUUCAAAAUAUUCAUUUUGAUGGUCCCAAAAUCACUUUUAUUUGUAGGUCUCUUAGGACCUUUCCCGGAUAAAAAAAGAGGCUACAGGCUACAUCAUGCAGCCAUGCGGCCGAAUCACAUGAAGUCCCAGCAUUCGAUCGACCCUCUCUAAAUGGAAUGUUUUGUUUAAAACAGUCAACAUUUUUUAAGCACUAACUAGUAACAUUUUUAUUUUUUUUUUAUGCCCAACUAAUAAUAAUUUUAGCCUUGUUAUGGCCCUCUCCAAACUCUUGCCUGAGUUUUAUCUCGCUUUUCAACAGCCUGAUACAGACAUACUUAUUUGCGCCAGUGAUACCUCACUAAGUGGCCAUUACUACGCAACAGAUAGAACAACACCAGCAAGGACAGUUCCAGUAAGUCAUUUGCCUUUUUUUUUUUUUUUAUUAUUGGCGAUAUGGCCUUCGGAACGUUGCUAAACAUCAUAAUUGAAGUUCGUUUUUUUUAGUUUUCUUGCGCCCUUGCCUUUAAUUAGUUUACCAUGUAGUUAUCCCAUGGUAGUGCGGCUGCCAUCUUCUUUGCUCCUCUCUGAUUCCAAAGCUUAUCACCAUAAUCGUUUUUUCUUACGUUUCUAUGAGAUAAUAAGCACAUGCGAAAUUUUCAUUUUACUCAAGACGUUGAAUUCUACACUGUACCUGAGAUGCUGGCAUGUUUACACGCAUUCUCUUCGUAGUCACAACCUUAUAUACAGUUUUAUCACGAGUAGGUAAAUAAAGUAAUAUGUGUCUUGAGAACGUUCAGACAUGUACGUUUAACAGAACGUUUUGUUUUGAAAUUAAAGAAAGAAAAAGGUGACUGAGAUACAUAAAAUAGAGCAGAUGAAGCGACUCAAGAAAUUUAUCGAGGUACCAGGUUGAAUAAUCAGUUCAAUUCACAUUUGCCAAAACUUUUUAAAAUUUAUUGUUAAUUUUUUUAUAGACUCCACUUGCGGUAGAAAUCACUGACCAAUCAUUUAAUAAUGGCGUGGUGUCUUGCAGGUAAGUCAUCAUCAUCGUUGUCGUUAGUUAUCAUAGACAUCAUCAUCAAUAUAAUCAUCAUCAUGUAUGUUAUCAUGUUCUCAAAACUGUUGGAUCAUACAAAAUGCCCUGCAAAAUACAGGGAAUGGCAUUUUCGAAAUCCUUAAUUUGAUUUUUUUCCGGGGGAGCAUGCCCCAAGACAACGUAGUUUUUGAGCUUCUUCGGCUCCCUAACUUUCUUCCAGUGCGUACACCUUCUAAACUUCAUCGGUUUCGCCCCUUCUUCGCAGUUGGAUUUCAAUAAGUUUUUGUUAGGAUAACAGGGGAUUAUCCUAGUCGACUGGAUUAGUGGUGAUUUUUUUAAUCGCCAAUGGAGUUACGAUGAUACGACCAUUUAAGACAUCUUAAACAGAAAAAAACACCUCCCUCAUUCACUUGCUUCAAGCCUAAUUAAGCCAAAGACAGUCUACGAGGUCGUCAAAAAGGGAACUCUUUUAUCCUAUUGGCCACUCCAGAAAAUACCAUAACAUACCAUAAUGCUUUUUGAUUGUCGCCCCAAAGUUUUGCAUAAGCAUUGUCUUCAGUUUCUCUUGGGAGUUAAAAUGGCCCCAAGAGAAACUGAAAACAAUGCUUAUGCAAAAUUUUGGGGUGACAAACAAAGAACAUUAUGGUAUGUUAUGGUAUUUCUGGAGUGGUCAAUUAUCUUGUAUUUUACGCUCAUAAAUUAAAACGUAUGAUACUAAGUGAAUGACACUAGCAUUGCCCCAAAAAGUCAAGCCUUGUGAUGUCAGUUGUGCUUCUGUUUUGUAGAAUUACAAGGGAAGUAAACCCGAUAUUAGAGAAUUUUAGAAAUCUUGAAGAGCAUCAGUUUCUUUUGGGAGCAAUCGGUGGUUUAAGCGGUAAGAAAAUACCUUAUACGUUAAUUAGCAAGUUUUUAAAGUUCUAAAUUACGAGGUUACACGAUGAGAUACAUUUUAACUUGUCUUGCAUUUUUUUGCUGCCCAAAAGGCACCAAAUGUCCGGUCAUAACAACAUUAUUUUACAGCAGUUUUAUCAGUAAGAGAAAUUUUACUUUAGGGGUGCUUAAUUCGCAGAGUGACUUCUCUUGGAACGUGCUUCGCGUGUUGCAAUAAAAUUUCGAUCAAUUAUAGAAAAAUGGAAUACUGAAUUCUCGUACAUGACCCGCUUAUUAAUUAUGGAUAUUGCCGUAUAGAUAAGAAAUAGUAGGAUAAUCUCAUUAUAUAGCUUGUCAGCUUGGGCUACUGGUGGUCUCGCCUAUUUUUGCUUGGAAAGUUUCAAGCUAUUCAAAUGUCUUGGCCAAUGUGAACAAUUAUUGGGCAAACUGUCAUCUCACUAUUUCGGACAUUCAGUGUUAAACCCAAUAAUGACUGUCUUAGAGAGAGUUUACAGUAGUACGUUAGACUUACAAAAGUUUCGGCCUGUUUUAACAACAGGUGCCACCAUCGGCACUCAUGGACAGGCAUGUGUCGGCUUCUAGAGCAUGUAAGGUCAGGAGGGUCUGCUUUUCUACGAGUAGGCAAAGAAAGAUGCAUUAAAAUUACUUUGUGAACCAACUUCCGAGUUUCCCGCUACAUUUUUGUUGCAAAAAAAAGGCUCUUAAGCGAAACUAUUUUUGCCAGAGAUAAUUGCAAGGAAAACUCAAUUCUGGAGUGGUACAUUGAGCAGUGUCUCUUGAAACUUGUCUCGCAGCUGCAGCCCAGCACAACUGCGAUGAAAUAUGAAACAUGUUUGUGGGACGUGAUAAGGGAGGUCUGUUGGAGAAGCACGUCCCCUCGUGUGAAAAAAUGUUUCUCCUCCAUAAUGCGUGGAAUGCAACUCGUAAAAUUUUUGCAUCAAGAAGCGGGGACAAAAUAACCUAGAUUGUCAGUAUAAAUGAAGUAGAAUAUCCUUGAUACGUGACCAUUAGCGUGUCUCGGCCUUGCUCAAGGAAAGCUGUCUUUCUCUACAUCACCAUAACUGGCAGCUCGGAAGAUCGUGAACUCUCAUUAAUUUGGUCACUAUUUGGAAGCGCUAUUUCAGACACUCUGGAAAUAAGAAACAUAUACCGCCAAUAUCAUAUUUGCUUUAUUGCAGAGUCCUUUCAGAGUACAGUACAGAGUUAAAGAUUAAACAAUAACAGCAGUAUCAUUUACGACAUUAAUAGUUAUUAUUAUUAUAAUGAUAAUAUUAAUUGAUAAGACUGAUAAUAGAAAUUAUCAUGGUACUGAUAGUAGAAAUGGAAAUGAUAAGGAUGGUGAAAGCGAUUGAGAUAUAUGCCUUUACAUGAGCUUUAACGUUAUAACAACAGGUGCUACUAUCGGGAUUCAUUCAGAGGGACGUGCUUCAAGUUCUAGAAUCAACGUCGUCCUGAGAAGUGGGAGACUUCCCUCAAGUUCCUCGCCGACGGUACGGUCUGACUUACUUUUUCUUGCUUAAGAUCAAAUAUUCCUGCCAUACGAAAUGAGUGGGCAAUAUCGCUGAAUAAUGACUGUGAUAAUAAUGGUACAAAUUAUCACAGCACCACUUCAACUCAGAUGCACCGGAUAAAAAGAGAAAGAGAUUGCUUCAGUAGAAUUUGGUAGGUUUUUUAUAGCAAGAAUAUAGUAAAUGAGAAUGGAAAAACGCACAUGAGAUUUUGAGCACCUCCUCAAAUCAGAUGCACUGGAUAGUAAAAAGAGAAAAAAUUGCUUCAGUAGAGUUUGGUAGCUGUUUAUACUAUAGCAGGCAUAUAGCAAAUGAGAACAGAAAAAAGCAUGUGUGAUGUUUAGCACCUCUUCAAAUCAGAUGCACGGGAUAAAAAUUAAGAGAAAAAAGUGCUUUAUUAGAGUUUGAUAGCUAGUUCACGUUAUAGUAAGCAUAAUGAAAUCGAGAAGCAUACAAUUGUAAGAUUUCCAAUAUGUUAAAUGUUCCGAAAAGCCAUAGGCGUGCGGGAAACUUUUUACCAGGGAGGGGGGGGGGGGGGAGGGCGGUAAACCGCUUGCUCAAAAAUAUCUCGCAAGUUGCCCAAAUUUUUACGAAAGAGUCGAAAAGAAAUGAGGGCCAUAUUGCAACAACAUAGGCCGUCCUGGCAUAUGAAGGUGGCUCGAUACAGUUUUUCAGGGUCAAUACCAAGUCUGAGCAUAAACUACGUCGCCAUAAACAAACAUUUGGAAAAAUUGCGACUACAGCUAGGGUUGCAAUGACAUCGGAGUUGUCAUAGCAACGAAAUGACUCCAUUACCUAUUUUACUUCAGUAAUUCAAACUGAGAGUUCAGUAGUCAGCCACUUCUUCAUUUUCAUACCCACUGCUAAUGCUAUCUCCCAUACACUGUUCUUCGAGUGGAGAUGAUUCUAGAAAGUUAUGCAAAAGUAUAUUUUAAUCAAUUCACGACUGGAAAUAGCCCAUUCCAGGUAGUGCAGUGCAGUAUAGUGCCCAACAAAAAAAAAAACUGCAAAUAUGUAAAUUACUCAUCACGCCGACUUCAGGUUAAUACUCAGGUCUUCAAAAUAAUUAUAUAAACAUGGAGACGUCUCUAAAAACUGGCUUUGCCCAAAUUUUCUCUCGCUGCCCAAAAAAUCUGAGUGCCCAAAAUCUGGGGGGGCUGCAGCCCCCCUUGCCCCCCCCCCCCGGCCCGUACGCCUAUGCGAAAAGCUCCUGACGUCGCGAGUUUUAUAUGCCACGCGGCUACCAACCCUGCCAGUAAGACAAAAACAGUACAUUCAAACUAAGAUAUAAAUUUUGAAACACGUGUUACAAAUGAAUUAUUCAUCUUUAUUCUCUUGCUUUAACUCUCCACCUGGUUUAUUAACGUAACACAGCUUCGAGGCUCUCCAGACUAAAAUACAUGCCUAAUAAAUGUUAUCGAAAAUAAAUGGGAAAUAGGUGUUCUACUCCUGUUUAUUACUGACAAUGAGAUCGUUUUCGAAGGCUCUCUCAGGAUAAAUAGACUGCCUACUAGAAUAGCUACUUAUUUUUACAAGUUAAACGUGCGAUGUUUACCGGUAACCAUGGAUUUAACAAGCAUCACAUGGCUUCAUAGGGGGCAUCAAUUGAAAAGAAUCACAUAGGAAUGUGCUUUAGUUACAGAGAAUGCUUGUGCUGGCGUAGCCUGCAUGAGAACCCGUCCUACAUUCUCGACGCGAACAACGAUUUUCCCGCUAUGAAAAUGAAACCCAUGCAUGGUAGCGUCACGAAAUGUCGGCUGACUUUUCUCGGGCUAGUAUAACUGUGCCUUCGUACCUUUUUUUGGUAAUAUACUGACGAAGAACUACACCAGGGAAGUCACUAACGCGAAGGAGGUUUGAAAAUCUGAUCCGAGCUUGAAAUUUCUUUUAGAAUAUCGCACAUUAUAUCAAACGCUUGAAUUGUGAAAUCUGAUAUCCAGAAAUUACGAAAGCUUUCGGUACACGUUUUGACUGUCAAUAUACCUUUUUUAGAUGCAUACAUUUGUGUUUUUACCCUGCGAACAGAGUCUUCUUCGAUCUUCCUAGAUAAGCCUCUCCUAGGUGAGUCUUUCCCGACUCAUUGAGGAAAGAUCGAAGCCACUCUGGAACGGGGUAUCGUGUUUUUUGUGGACCCACAUAUAGAUGUUCGCUGGCAGGUAAAAACACCACAUCUCUGUUUCAAUAUUUCUUGGUGUUCACAAAAUUUUUUUGAUGCCGUUAUUUCCUUACCUUCUUAAUUAACAGAAUGCUGGACCGCAUCCAUUUCUUGGUAUUUUUACAAUCGCAUUAGCGCUUAUUCAGCUGAUCAUGGCAGCACUCAGACGUCAUCCUUGAGAACCCAAGUAAGAUUAAACUCUUUAUACAGCAACGAUGCGUGAUAAGUCCCGAAGUUAAUAACACUUUGUUAAUGCGAGAAGAUUGAAUCCAUGAGUCAUUUAAUCAGUAGGUGGUAAAUAAUCGUCUAACUGUAAGCGUGUCCCUAAAUAGCACUGUUGUUAGCUGUGACUGACGUUUGGGCAAAGUAUAAAUGGAGUCACAAAAUGAGUUUAUCACGUCAACUCAACGAACACUACUAAGGGCCUGUUUACAUGGAGGUGGGGGACCCCAGGUAGGUGAAGUAACCCGCCAGUCCAUAUAUUCUCUCAUUUCAAUUUGAUCACGUCUACAUGAUAGGUGAGGUGACCCGCCAAGGCGGGUAGCCCGGUCUGCCAGACCGGGUAAUCCUCUCAGCCGGGGUCAAAUUUUGCCAUGUAAGCGUUUCAAGGUGGGGUAACCCGCCUAGCCGGGUUCGGAUUCAUGAUACGUCAAAUUCGCGCAAAAUUCACUUUGGCUAUGGCUUUGCAUCAUUAUUAAAGGUAACAAUAUAAUGAAAAAGAACUGAAGGUUGCAGCAAGAGCAGUAAGUGAGUGUAAAAGAGCAUUAAUCGCCAAAACACGUGGUUUGCCAGCAUUUUUCUUGUUUACGAGCUUAGCGACGAUUCAAUAAUCUUGAGAAAGUGCACCCCGGGAUGGCGAGAUUGGAAGACUGCAUGUAAAGGAGGGUUAUUGUUUUACCCCACCUAAGCGGGUUAGCUCACCUACCUAGUUUCCCCCACCUCCAUGUAAACAGGCCUUACAUAGCAAAAUCUGAGUGCUAGGUUAAACGUCAGUACCUACUACAAUAAUUCUAAAACCAGAUGCUGGUUCAAAUAAUGCAAAGACUGUAACUUUUGGCCUUAUUUAACAAAGUUUAGAAAUAAGAUCAAUUUUCAAAUCUUAAUUUGAAUCGAUCGAUCAGGGCUUGCACAGUCUUGAAUUUUAGGAGAAGUCCUUUAAAAGUCCUUGAAUUCCAUUUCCUUAAAAAGUCCUAGAAUUUUCUUCAGAUUUGAAUGAAGUGGCCCAGAAAGGGUGGCCUGGUUGUCCAAGACAAGAUAUAAAUCAUUGCGUAGAGAAGUUAAAGGUGAUUUACAUCAAGCUUUUUUUUUGGCUUGAUGCAAGAGGUAACUAUCAAUUUAAGACAAGUGCUGAAAAAUUUAGGGAAGUUGGUGAAGCAAACAGUUCAAGCCUUAAAGUCCUGUGCAUUUUUGUACAAUCUGUGAAAUUACAUUCCAGAUAGGUGGUCCUUGAAAGUGAAAUGUGGUCUUUGAAAAGUCCUCGAAAAGUCCUUAAAAAAUGGUUGCAAUUUUUUGUAUAAACCCUGGGGAUAAAUACAUUAAUCAAUAAAAACAAAGAUACUAGUAACUGAUGCCGGAUAAUUUCUCAUUGAAUCCACUAUUGUUAUUCCACACAAUUUCUCACUUUCUUUGUUGCCUUUUUUUUUCAGGCAAUGUGUCAUACAACUGCCAUUUCUGUCAAAGUGUGGAGGAAAUACCAGCAUUAAAUUCCAACGAGGGGAAAAAACAUUUUUUGGAACAUUGGUUGUUGCUAGUCUGGCUUAUAAAUACUGCCGAAUAAUUCGUGUGCAUCUUCGAAAUAUACCUUGAGGUUAUAUUUUAUUCUAUGAAAGUAUUUUCUUGUAACAUUGCGCAUGUUAAACUGUCAGCGGAUUCAUUUUUUUUCUGUCAUUUAAAAAACUGCGAUGUUGUACAACCUGUAUAACUGACAUGGCUCUUAAAUGUCCUUGAGCACUGUUGUUAUUGGGAAUUUUUUUUGAGGGGGGAUUUCCGAUAAACCGUCAAACCGCUCUUGCUUAGAUUGUCUUUGGUGAAAUUAGAGAAAAAAAUUAAAAGCAUUUAUUUGAAAUAAAACAUUUCAAACUAGGCUAAAAACCUUUGAAAGAUGCAGUAGGUCAGAAUAUCAUUUAAAAAAGGAGUGACAAAAUAUCAAGAAUCCAAUGCAUUUUUUUACGUUUGCUAUAAUUUUUAUUUCAUGCCUUUUUAAACACUUUUCAAACUUACCCGAAUUUUGCUGCUUAUAUUUCAGGGUUGGGUUAUGAUCAUUUCGCUGACCAUUAGGUCCAUUGGCGUAGACAAUGAAACCAAAACUUGAGACUCUACAGCUGUGCAUUUUUGGUUGAGGUUACAAUAUGAUUUUGACAAAGAUGAAGAGCUUUAAACAACCAAAAUACGCAGAAAAAGCUUAUAAUAAGUUGAAAUGUAUAGUUACUUUUUCAUCAGUCAAUAAUAUCAAAUCACGGCCCAGUACCAAAUGCAUGGCACGCAGCUACUGAACUGACCAUAUACCUUCCUCUGACAUCGUUGCGUCAAAAAUUGUUUGAUUUUUUUUUAAACGAGGGAAUGUCUCUACAAUAUAACAUAAAAGAGUGUGGAGAGUGACUCCUAAAUUAUGCCUUGCAAGGUGGUAUCUACAACAGCAACAGCAACCAAUUAAGAUGACGAUUUUAUUAUCGUUACAAUUCAGUUCUGAGUCAUUUUCGUGGGUUGGGUAUUUAAACUUUCAUCAAAGGCUUUCACCUCCGAAAUUUCCUUAUGCUUAGUUUCACUCAAUAAAGAUUGAGCCAAAAGUCUUUACGUUUUCUAAUGAACCUUCGUUUAUUUGCCGGUGUGGUUACUUGGGGAUGUUCAUAGCUGAAAUUAAAUUGACAGUAUCCACGGAACAUGCAAAUAAUAAUAAUCAUAAUAAUAAAGCUGCUAAAUCAUAUUAAAACGAGUAAAUGACCUUACUUGCCUUUAUUCUUUAGCCUUGCUUCUGUUUGAUGGUUAUUUAACAAUUGAUGAACGAGGCUCAGUAUCUAAUGAAAAAUUAUGGAAAUCUCGGACGGUGUUGUCCGACGAGGCCUAACACCCUCCGAGAUCUCCAUAAUUCUUCAUAUGAUACGAAAGCCGAAUUCAAUAAUUGUUUUAUUAUUCAUUGAAAAUAAUUCCUAGUUUAAAAACAUGGCUAAAACAUGCUUACCUCCAUCGAACCAUUGAUGUUAAGUUCAUCUUCGAUAAUGCACGUAUAGGGUUGUUCAGCCCCGCAAUAUUCUCCAAAUGGCAGAUGUCACCCUUCGAGUUGUCUUCUUGCUGUUCUUGCCAUGUUAGUAGCUAUUAUUUCGCCUAGUUCUUACUCUUAAAACGAGUGGAAUGUCCGCCAUUUAUGUUUUCACAACCAAAACAACUCAACCUGGUCCCCAGUUCUUCCCGGUUAACGGUGCAUUAACCUGCAAGAAGGCUGCAUUUUUGACGUCAUCGGUUCUUUAAAUGCAAAAUUCUUCCAAAUUUGGUCAUCAGUAGCUGGUUAUGGUGAAUCAUGCGUGUGCUUUUAGCUAAUCAGAAUCGGGGAAAUAUUUUGAAUGAAUAACAAUUAACAGUUAUUCUUUGAAAUCGAGGUGAAUUGUGGCUAAAUAUUUACCGAGCCGCGAAAGCGGCGAGGUAAAUAUUCCCAAAGCCACUAUUCACCGAGAUUGAAAAGAAUAAUUGUUUUAGUAUAUGCACACGAAGUGAUCUCAACAAAAUCAGAGAGGAAACCAUUAAAAAGUACGAAAACUUGUCGAAACGGUUAUUAUGAGUAGUGGGAAUUCAAGGUUUUCGCGGAGGUACUGUUUAAAAAAAAAAAAAAAAAAAAAGAGAACUGUUCGGCUAUUUAGGGCUAUGCAAGAUUGUGAAGGGCUACGUAGAGUUGUAUAGGGCUAUCUAGGGCAGUGUAGGGCUAUGCAGUUCGAUGCAAGGCUGUCGAGGGCCAUGUAGGGCUGACUACGGCUAUGUAGGGCUAUGUAGGUCUAUGUAUGGUAUUAUAAAGGUAUUAGAAACGAUUCUUUCGAGUUCCCUAGCGAUUACAGGGUUGCAUUUAUCCCUCUAAAAUCAUUUGCCUCUACAGGAACAUCUACCUUAGACAAAGGGUUGAUAUUUUCUUUCCUCUAUGACCGUGGCCAAGUUUUGUAUAUAGAUAUAGCCUGUUCCAGGCUCCGUGAUAGUCGCGCCCGCUAAAUUGAAAACGCGCGAACACGAAAAUAAAACGGGAGGAAACUGGGGAGAGCAGGGGCUGUGGAGCUCUCUCUCCCUUCAAUUUUCCUUUUUCCCGCCGCCAACUUUUCGUGUGCCCUUUACUUUAGCUUCUUCCCCACUAUCUGAGAGCCUGGAAAAGGCUAAUAUAGGUAGGGAACGGUUCUGUAAGGUCUUAACGACUGGAGUUAAAAUAGCCGCAUAUUCUUUCCACACCCACUACGAAAUGGGGUCCGGUCCCGUAGCAGUUUUUCUGAUUCAAGACAGAAGGUUGAAAACUUGAGAGGUUCUGAGUUGGGCAUUUGGUUAUUAUCUAGUUGAAUAGCUGCAGGCUUGAUCUAGCCAUCAUCAUAGCAAAGUUUACCAAAAUAUGUAUUCAGGCCAUGCGCGAAGUCCUUUAUUUCUUCUAUGUGUAAGCACAGCGACUUUCCGCCACCAGGUCCGCGAUCCCUUUUUCGUGCCCUUUACCAAAGCUAUACGAUUUUCUGAGAUAUUCAGGGGGGCACCCAACGUCAAUUUUCGGAAAAUAUCUGUUCGGAAGACGAUUUGAGAUCUAGAAUUUUCGGAACAUUUGUUGUAAAAUUUCUUGCUUGCCUGCCUCUCCUAGGAUUUUCGAACAUCUAAAAACUGGUAUAAUUGCUCAUUUUUAAAGGAUUUUUUCUGGCUGAAAGUUUUGAUCCCUAUAAUUCUCAGAUCAGUACUGACUUUCAGCUAGGAAAUCCGAACAGAUGAAAAAUUUUUAGGGGAUAAAAAUAUGCCUAUAUCUACCGUUUAACUACUAAAACACGUUUAACAAUGCUAUGUUUAAGUGGUUUUGAAGUAUAUUCUCGUUAAGCGCCUCUGGAUAUUCUUGUCAAACUUAUCAUUAAGAACUUCUAAAUAAAUCCGUCCGCCCUGCGGGCUUGUAGUCUGGCUUUUUUCUUGAUCAAUACUUUGACAAAUGAACACAACCAAGGUGGGUCUCUCAAAGACAUUCUGACAGUUUUUGUGGGAAAACAUAGUUCCAUUAAACAAUGCAUGGAUCAGACUACGAGAACUUAUCGGCAGAAUCCACGUUUUCACACAUAUUCACACUUCUUCCAAGGGUUUUUGUUGGAAUGCAAUCUUGAGGUGCUCUCUAUAAUUGCGCGUUGUGUAUUUAAAUCUCACAGGUUAAAUUUAAUACCUGGUGGCAAAAUAACUCCCUUGUGAUCUGUUUUGAUUUACGCAGCAAUAGGGUCACAGUUGGAGAAUACAAUUGCUUUGUUGGUUAAACAGUUAUCUAGAAUAUGUGUCCCUCUAGUUAGGAAAUCAACUAGGACUUUCAGGCCGGAUACAUCAGUCAGUCUAUCGAGAUUUAAUCGAUUGAGAUCGCCACCACACACAAAUAAACCUUCGGGAUUUAGUUCCAAGAAAUCGUCCGCCAUAUCAUCACUUAAAUGAUCGAUAAGGUCCGCUUCCAUGUAGUUAGGUGGUUUUAGGUCGAUGAUAAAUUCCACACAUAAGCAUUUUAUGGCCCGAUGGGAGUCAAUUUAUACAGCUAUUUCGAGAAAGGUUGUUGGAAAAAGUUCACGCAACAAUGCCGAAAGGUAUUGUGGGUAGUUCUGAGUUCACUGUUCUUCAACGAAAUUUGAAAGAAUGGCACGAGACUAAGGUCAUGUACGUAUGUUUGGAGUACUAAAGGAAAGCAACAAAAGUAUUUUCGACAGCUACAGUGUCAGGAAUGUCAGGAACAGUGUAUUGAUCAUAUCCCAUAUUACCCUUCGGGAUUGUCGCGUGCACAUUUUUUUCGACAUCCUUUCUCGAAAUAGCCGUAUAUGAUAAUGCCUGAGCUCCGAGCCCUUCUUAAAAAGAAUGACCUUGUUCUGCGCGCUCGGUCAUUAUUUUUUAAGAAGGCAGAGGAGCGAGGGCAUUAUCCGAUUUAAUGCACCUUUCCAUUGUUUUAGAACCAGCAGGUCAUUUUUGUGGCCACUGAAAUGGAGCAGUAGGUUAUUAUUCGUAAUAAUGACCUCCUGUUCCAUGUCAGUGACCUGCCCUUCCAUUUAUUGAAAAUAAUAACCUAUUCAAAACAAUGGAAAGGUCCAUCAAUGAGGCUUAGACACUCGAACUUUUCUGAUCUUGUAAUGUUAUUAACUAUGAUGUUAUUCCUUGUGUACAUAACUACUCCUCGUCUCCUUUCUGCCGCUUAUCGUUGUCGAACAAAUUUCUGAUUGUAUCGUGACAUCUGUGCUCUAAGAGACAAUGCUGUUAAGAAGUCGGUUAAUGACGCCGAUCAUUGCAUGGAAGUCUAUAGUUGGUGCUGGACCGUGAUCGAGCAAUACUAUUGCACGAUCACAAAAAACAAAGAAGAACUUAUCUACAGUGUGGAUAAGUGUAGAGAAGUUUUUCUUUGUUUUUUUGACAGUCGCAUGACAAUAUUAAACUUACUUAUUACCGUGCAUAAAAUACCUUGUGUUCACUUCAAGAUUACUGCUAACCCAUUUCACAGGAAGUGUGAAAGGUUGUUUCUUCUUUGAUUCAAUUCAUAACCAAACUGCGACAGAAAGCAUUAUUAUGGUGCUGACAUCAGCAAAGGUAAGAGAAGAGAAAAAGCUAUUUAACGCUGCCUAUAUACCGUCGGUUUAUAGCCGCCAUUUAGUAUUCCCCUCGCCAAAACUGCAAUAUUUAUUCAGUCGUAAGCUUAGCCACACUUAAGGCCAGACACGAUCUUGUUAUAUUGAUACGGGACUAAUUCGCUUGUUGCAAACGAAAGGACUCUCCGACCACCAAAUAAUUCAAGCUUUACGUCAAAUACUUUAUCACAGAGUGACUUACUCUUCCACUUCACAGUUCCUCUAUGUCGCUUCACAACUUCUUUCUAACGACGCCUUGUUUUUCAACUAAGCCUUGUUCUUAGGUAGUUCACGUUGUUUCUGUCUCUCUAAAAUCUACUCCUUCGCAUCUCGCCAUUUAUUUGUUUGGUCCUUGACCAUGUGUUUACGUUGAUAAUGUAUUUAUGUUCGUAUUAACAUAUAUCAACUUGUUACGCAAAAUUCCUUGAAAAAGCAUUUCUUCGGUUCUGAAGAGAGAUAACAAGUGAAGGAAACUUAAACUAAGCAAAGUUCAGUAAAAGGAACACACUUUUGCGCAGUGACUUUUAAGUUACUUGGUUCUUUGAAGCUAAAAAAAUCAAAGUGAAAACGUCGUUAAUGGUAAACAAAGGACAACUCCCAUAUUAAAUUAAUAAUAUGACAACAAAAUAAAUACAGGGAAAGCUUUACCAACAAAAUCGAGCGGCAAAACCCUGACUAGCUAAGUUAAUUAAUGAAAAACUGAAGAGAUUAAAAAGGGGACAUUUCUUUUGUUAGAAGAACAACAUGAAAAUUUUGUAGCGGCGGUGACAAAAUGAGAAAUGCUAGCGGCCACCAAUCAAAUGUAAGGUGAAAAUGAGCGACAGUGAAAAAAAGUGAUCGAGAACACGUACGACGUUUCCUCCAUUAAAGUGUAUCUAAGAAGUUUCUGGAAGUUUCACUUUGUAGUCGUGCAAAACAACGGCAAAGAAAUGUCCAAAAAAAUUGUGAAGUUGCUUUUUUGCUAAUUAGACCUAUUGUUGAUUUUUACCGUUCUCCGGCGUUGCCGUCGCCGCUUAACAUUAGGGAACUUAAGAUGGAGACGUUUUCGGGGCGACGGCGACCGGACUGGCAGAGAAAGCCUGGAACUAAGGCAGCCGUCGCUUCCCGCCAAAAAUAGAACAUUAAGAUCGCAGUGAACUCAGAAGGACGGCGCCUUUAAUUAGAAGAAUACCGAAGAGGAAAAUAUGACUUCACAUAAAGAAUUAAGAGAAUAAAUAUUUGCUAUGCAGACAACAUGUAUCGGAUGAAGAGUUUCUCGUUUUGUGGGAAAAUUAUGAGUCCAAAAAUCCCGCUUUUCCUGGGGAGAGUUACGAUCCGUUCACGCUAAAAAAACAUGCGGUAUGCAGCUGAGUUCAAGGCAGAAUUUCGUGUUGGAAAAAAAAUGAUCUCCACAGGCUUGCCGAAGCCUUGCAAGUUACAGGAACAUUAAAAUGCUACCAAGGAACCGUAUUCUUAGUUUGGUAUUGAAAUAAUUCCCGGCAAAUACUUGCAUGCAACAACAACAACAACGGCAACAGUUUUAUUUCAGUAUUCCCACGCCGAGUUAGUACAUGGUAUUACCUACUAUUCUAUAUAAUUUUCAAUGCGUUUCAUUUAUACGAUAUUCUAACCAAAAGAGCGAACUAAAAACACACAAUUGAAAUAUCGGAGUUCAUAUUUUUUGUCUGGAUACUUUUAUUUGGCUCGUGGGAAAAUUUUGUCCAUGUCAAGCUCACUUACGGUUGGCUGUUUGCCAAGUUGGAUCUUGAUCCCUGUGACAUGAAAACAUAGAAACAUUCAAAGAUGUAAGUUUAGAUAACAGAGCUUGGAAAUCGAGCUUGAAAUGUGCUUCAAAGAAAACAAGGACAAUUUGAGAACGAUAAUUUGCAAAAUGUUGGUUGCUAAACGCAACAAACCUGAUUGAAAUGAAAGUUAAAUACUCACGUUUUCGCCACAACGGCAAACAGACCAGUUUCACGUCGCCGACGGGACCACGACGGCAAGGUGGUGAGCACGAGCAUGCGCAAUAUCCAACAAAUGAUGAUGUCACGUCCGGUUGAAGUUGCCGUCGCCCCGAAAACGUCUCUAUCUUAAGUUCCCUAUUACUUGAUUUUAUUUUUUGUUUGAACCGAACUAUAAAUAUUAUCGAGAGCUUCGCUUUUAGCCCUGGCUAAAUCUAUAUAUUAAUUAUUUUGGAAAAUGUUAAUUCCAAUUUUUGGGUCAGUGUUUUCUAUUCGUUAAUACUUAUUAGCCCACUAAUGCGUUUAAGUCACGCAAACAAAGACUACCGUAGGGAUUCAUUUUUCUGUCAAGUUUUCUCCAGCUUUGUUUCACUUCCAUAUUGGCAGCGAUACCGUUGUUUUGACCGGGAAGAAAAACUUAACAACAAAGUCGAUACUUCAAGAUCUGUCCGUGUGGUCAUGAUGCGGUAACAAAACAAGUGGUAUUGCAACUGGCUACGUUUUUAAUUGUUACUACUUAUAAACUGCUCUCGAGCGACAUGGCUUUACACUCGGAGACAGAUUUAUUUUUAAUUACUUCUUACUAAAAUGUUAUUGAGUUUGACAAAGUUCGUACUUUGAAUGCUCACGCACUAAUAAUUCUUAUACAUCAGUACAUACUCGAUCCUCACCUGAUGAUUUAACAAGAAUAUAUGAAUACAUGCACAUAUUUUAAUGCACCUUUCCAUUGUUUUGAACAGGUUAUUAUUUUCAAUAAAUGGAAGGGCAGGUUACUGACAUGGAACAGGAGGUCAUUACUACGAAUAAUAACCUACUGCUCCAUUUCAGUGGCCACAAUAAUGGCCCUAUGGUUCUAAAACAAUGCUGCGCGCUCGGUCAUUAUUUUAAAGAAGGCCGAGGAGCGAGGGCAUUAUCCUAUAUUUAAUAGCUAUUUUAAGAGUUGACCGCUUCUUAUUUUGAAAAAUUUGAAGUUACAUUAUAAUAUAGUACAAUGCAAUUCAAUGAAGUGGAAGACAAAACAAUGCAAGACCUUACUGCGCUUUUCACAAACAUGCGAAUUCUGAAGUUCAAAAGCCUAAUGACCAUUGCGUUUUUCUCUGCCGUCAAUCAUCUUAACGGACCUAUUAGGAAACAAAACUUUACUUUAACGGGUUCAGAAGGUCACGGUUUGUGAUUUGUGAUUGAUGGAUUUCGAUCCGUUUUGUGUCGUUCUGUGUUUCAAGGUUCGUUGCUUGUGAUCGUAAUUAUGAUUGACGGCAGCGAAAAACGCAAUUGUGAAGGCGACUUUUGAACUUUAGAGUUCGCACGUUUGUGAAAAGCGCAGUAAAUCACACACGCCAAAAAGUCCUGAAAAAACCGCAACGCCUGAGGAUAUGACUGUUAGAAAAUUAAAAACAAAACAAUGUGCACAGGUUAAAAACUAAAAAUUGUCGUGCCUUUCUCUGUGAUGACAAAACUCUAACGACGCGCUAAGGUCUUAUCUAAUAAGUGUUGAAUCGAGGCACAUCACCUCCGCUAGGCUUAGAUUGUGUCUUAAUGCUGGUUUUUAGAUAUUGAAUUAUCUAUGCAAUUUGGUGUAACUUUAAAGGGACAGGUUCAGGGUUGAGCGCAUGCUCUUUUAUCAAAAUCCUGUUUUUCUGACGGGACAUACUAUAUCGUCUAUGCGAGUAAUAUGAUCAUAUCAUAAUGUUGUCAAAGAACCAAUCCGCACACUCCCCUGGCAGUCACUUGCUCUUGAUCAACUUAAAUAUUUGCAAAUAUCUCUAAAUUAAUCAACCACGGAAUAAAACCUUCGGGCCAACAAUAAAUUCAACGUUGGUAGUGUUGGCAUAAUCCAAUAAUUUUUUCUGCCAUUUUAAUGACCAGGUUACUCUGAAAUACACUUCUACUGGGAAAUACACUCUGAGAUCGCUGAGAUACACGUGAGUGGGAUUGUUAAUAAAAUGAGCAUGCGCUUAACCGUGAACCUGUCCCUUUAAGAGUUCCAUCUACAAGACUCCUAGCUAGAGUGCUACUCUCUCUAACCUUACUGGUUGGGUGGACGUUCAUGGUAGUGAUCAGUGGAGGACAAGAUAGAAUUUUACUAACACAUUCUUAACAUCUUACAAUUUUUUUUGUAGAAUUUAUGGUCAUCUAUCCUGCUACUUUCGUUGUCAAGCAAGCUUUGCGCUCUAACGGUUGGUAAAGUCGAUGUUCUUUUUGUGUUCUUUAGUUAUGGUUAAGUGACAUAGAGCUGCUGAUUCAUCUACCCAAGGACUGAAUAGCUGGAAAAUGGUAAUGUUAGUUUAGCUGUGGGUUGAUGUUUGUAAUUCGCAUUUUUCUGCUCAUCUACUCGACUGAAACAGGUUCCUGCUGUAGGUGUUAAGACUGCUAAUGACAGCUAGGUAUAGUGCCCCGUAGUGGACAAAUCAAAUAGUUUUGAAAUAGUGUGCUCUGAAUGCUACAGUUAAGCUGACAGUGAAAGCCUUACAUAUGACAAUAAUUGAUUGUUUGACCUUAAUUUUGUGGUUAUCCAUGCAAGUCUAUCCUUCUACGCUUGACUUCGUUCUCAGGGUUCUCUGUUCCAUCGAUUCACUUUAUUACAGCACAAGUGCCCAAGCUAACCUGGUCUUUUUAGAAAUGGUGGUCAUAGUUUUUCCCGAAGGAGUUUCAUUUCUUGCUUCGUUUUUGCGUGCUUUUGUAUGCGUGAUUUUUCCUUCCGAUGGUGGUUCACUGAUUAAUUGUACCAGCAGCGAAAGUAUUUAUAUAUCUAUAUUAAUGUGCUUUGUCUCUAGUUCACUACAGAAGGCUGUGGAGAAACUAAAGGUUGCUAUGCAUCACCAGCGUCCUGCACUUCAAGCGAAAAUUGUGAUUUCCUGGUGACCUACAAUGCCACAAAUUCAACUCAUGUUGAAUUUGAGCUGAGUGGGAAAGGAGACUGGAUAGCAGUUGGUUUUAGCGAUGACCGAUUAAUGGUGGGUUGUAAUGUCUCGAGAAUGAACUUUUAGAUUAUGUUUUUAUUUUCUGAGUUCCCAAUGUACGUCAGGUGAUGUUACUCUAGAGAGCUGUGCCUUUGAAAAUUCGUCAUACUUACAUGCUUAAUAAAAACAUAAUGCAUAAUGAAAUUUAACAAUGGGCAAUUGACAAGGAACAAUACUUUUAACCAUAGGCCAUUUUAUAGUUAUGAUGAUUGGAAGCGAGGCUUGAGCUGACAUUGUUUUGAUACAAACGGUGAACCGCAGCCUCACAUUCACUUGAAGGCUAGGGUACAAAGUCCACUACUCUAAAAUGGUCUAUUGGAAUAACAAAAUACACAAGCUAAAGAGGUCUAUUUCGCAAGAAACCAAGAGCGUAUAACCAAAGCUUAUCAUAUAAAGUUUAAGGAAGCCGUUCCAUCGGUAAAUUUUGUAAGUUCGUGUGAUAUUCCAAAAAAUUAAUAACAAUCGUUGGAAUUAGUAUGUAGAUAAAAUGUUAGGAUAUAGAUAAAACAUGAGCCUUCAGUCGAAGGCGAGCUCUAGAAAAGUGUAUAAUUGACGCAAACGCUUUUGUGCAUAUGAAACAAAUCUUAAGCUUAAUUUUGUAUUAUCCGUAACUUCUUUGUGUUUGAGUUAAACCAAGUACGAGGAAAACUAGAACGUAAACGGGAUAAGAAGAAACAAAAAGUAAAAUGCGGUGAGAAACAAAAGGAAAUAUAAACUCAUUUCUGCAAAGAAAUAAAACUUUAACUUGACGUUUCGUACUGCAUACAUCUUCAGAAAUAAUAAGCCGUUGAAUAUCAACAGAAAUUUAAAUGUAGAAUAAGUAACUAAGGACCCAUCCACACGUAUUCGGAUAUUUUUGACUCUACAACUUUUUCUUUCCGCAUCACGAUGGUCGGUUGCUAUGGCUUUUGCUCCCGCAAACUGAGUAUUUUAGGCCAUAGACAGUUAGUUACUUAUUCUGCAUUUAAAUUUCUGUUGUUAUUCAAAGGUUUAUUAUUUCUGAAGAUGUAUUUCGGAACAUACGAAACGUCACGUUCAAGUUUUAUUUCUUUCCAGAAAUGCUUUUAUAUUUCCUAGUGUUCAUCACCGCAGUUUGCUUUUUGUGUCUUCUUAACCUAAAAUGCCCAAAAAACAAGAAUAAAUGGGAUAAACUCUUUAUCAGGGUUUACAGACACUCUAUGAUUUAACAUGAAUUUGAUUAUUUUGGCCAUGUUUUCUUCACGAACGUUUAAUAAAAUUUUUAAGCUUACGAAGCCAAAUACCUAUUUUAAAAAUGCUUUUAUAACCUUCCUCCUUGUAGUAGUCAAGACCUUCUAAUGUAGUGAUUGUAUAGGUGAGGUAAAUCCACAAAAAAAUUGACAGGGCAUAAAGUCAAAGAAUUAACUGUUGUAUACAUAAAUUCCAUAGGCAAAUACCGACAUUCUUAUGUGUGUUAAUGAUCAAGCACGCAGUGGUCAUUAUUACGCAACGGGACGAUCGACACCUUCAAGGACAAAUCCAGUAAGUAUAUAAAUUGGUUAACUUAAUUUCGCUUUAUGCUUUUUGCUUAAUUUUGCAAAGAAUCUAGGGAGAAAGGAAGUCGAAAAAUAUUUACUGAAAGUUCGAACAAGCUUGCUAAAAAGAAUAAAAAUCGAUUGGUUAAUUGCUAGAUGUUAACAAUAAAUAAAAAAAAGUUAAGGGGUGACUUCCAAUUAGGUUUGCGCAAAGGUAUUUUGAGCUCAUGAAAGUGAGACGUGGCUCAUUCCUUCCUUCUUCUGUCGAACCUCAUUAUCCCUCACGACAUGUUAUUAUUAACACGGGAUCCUGUUAACCAGAAUUGGUUAAGGGGACCUCCAUGUUUUAUUACAGGAUAAUCAAUAAAUCGCUGAAUAAGCCGAUAAAGCGCAAUAUGACUAACAUAAUAAUCAUUGAUAUAUUUUCUCGUUAUCAUACAUAAAAAGCUUUGGCUAUCGUAAAAACAUACAGCAUAUAUCAUAAAAAGCAUUUUCGUCAUCAUCACCGUCAUCAUCAUCAUCAUCAUCACUAUCACAAUUAUUAUUAUUGUUAUUAUCAUCAUCAUAAUCAUCAUCAUCAUCAUCAUCAUCAUCAUCAUCAUUGCCCAUGAAGAAAUAUAAAGUGUGACGGUUGUUACAAAUUGCAGUAGAACAUUCCAUCAUAAUUGUGAAAUAGAAUAUGUUCGUUCCUGACUUAUCCUAUUUACGUCUCGUCUCGUCUGCGGGUCAAUCCGGAUUGUCCCAGCAGGACCAGGCGGCAACCGGAUCUUUCUCGCUCUGACAGUGCUAUAUCCUGUUUAUGUACUUAGGGCAAUCUUCCGAGCGAUCUAUCCAGUAACUUACGUUGUCAUUAUACUAAAAGAUUUUUGACUUUCUUUCGACUUUAUUCCAGACACCAGCAGCAAUACAAUUUAUCGAGCAGGCAGACGAGAAUAAUAUCGUAAAAUGCAGGUAUGUAUAUGAUUGUUACCUGUGUGUAUAAUUUGUGAAUUUACCGGCGUUAUUCGUUUGAAAUAAAAGAAUUUUUAAGUAAAUGAUAUUAUUUCUUAUAUCUAAAACAUUUGUUUUAAAUCUCUAUUGCUUUUAGGGUUUCAAGAGAUGUAAAUCCAGUUCCAGCAAUAGCAAAUUUUAACGAUCUCAGCCAAGACGUGUUCCUUUUAGCUGCAUAUGGAAACAGAGACGGUUUGUUGUUGGCAUUGUUCCUUUUCAUUAUCUUAAUUUCGCUUUUGCUGUUGUUUUCUUUUCCUCUCAUUUACAGUAAAAACAUUAUCUACUUUAGUGCGUUCCUAUUGUUGCAUUCAUUUUCGGUUACGACAAAACGACAAAAUGUAGUACGAGUGUGAUGCGAUAUUUACCUACCAUAAAUGAGUUCUCAAUACAGCUGUAGACAUAGUAAUACAUCUUAUUGUUGUUGACAUGUAUUGUUUCAGUUCUUCCAUCUAUCAAUCCAUCUAAUCUGCGUACCUGGCGGUUUUGUUUGUUGAGCGCCCAAAUGAGCGGCGUAGGCCCCAGGAGAAUGGGGCAGAAAUUUCCUGGUACAGCCUCGUGCCUAGGGCUUUUUUCCAUUCCCUCCCAAUUUCUUAGGUUGUCCUAGUCAGAAAUGUCAUUUACAGAGAUUCGUGGUCAAGUAUUAGGACCUUAUGUGUCUCGUUCUCGUGGUUGAUGGUGCCUAUUUCUCCCCUUUUCUUCUCAGAGACGUGUAGACCUUAGAAACGUGUUUUGCAACAAUCUGAAAUUAAAUUUCAACUAUUAAUAACUACUGAAUAUUUUUCAAAUUUCUGUUCGUAAAAUACGCACGAGAGAGAAAUUAAAGACUCCUUCUGUUUUAAGGUGCAUCCAAAAAUACAAAACAAUGAGAUAGGCAGGCUAAAAAAAAUCAUAGAUGAAUAGGUAAUGCUGUCUUUGCUCCUCUAAGAUUCCUUUAAGUCGAUUAUUCGUGCGUGUGAUGCAAAGACUAGUAGAAUGGUUAUUAUUAUUUGAACAGGUUCAAGUCUACAACAGCACAGUAGGAGGGAAGCAUCUCCCCAAAAAGUCAUAGUUACCCAAGCUAAUUCCACUGUCACUAAUAGAUCCCAGGCUCCCCAGGUCAAUCCGUCCACGGUGAGUUUAGUGCAUAUUAUCUUACAAAGUAGAAGAUCACACAAACCAUAACCAAGCCAAAGGCCAAAGUUGAACCUACGGUCCAAUAACGACAGUUGGCUAUACGUGAUAUCACGCAAUCGAGCAAUUUUCAAACAACGUGCCUGUGCAUUGGGUGUGAUGUACAUCUACAGCCACAAUCUAUAACAGUUAUCCCCGAUUACGUAGAUAUGCUUAGCUGAAGCUCACAGUAUUGACAUAGUUAAUAGCAAAGUAGAAAUGGAUCAGUGCUUAUGAUACCAUUUAAAUAGUCGAGUUACUUGUAAGUAGAUUAAAUAGAUAGAAGUGUUACUAGAAACCAUCAGCUUUAUCCUUGUUUCAAUAAUUUGUUCAUGUUUGUUGUCCUUCAGCAGGGUAAUUAAAAAAGAUAUAAAACUAUUCUAGUGAGGCCUUAAACUGCUGUAACCUGCCAACACAGAAUGAUCACACCUUAAGAUUCCGUACAUUUCUGAACUACUCAAUUACAGGAUCACUAAAAUUAUUAGAAAAGAAAACAUCUCGGUACGCAUGCAUUGCCCACAAUCCUACAUUCUCAGACAAGACUUAUCCCACACUUCCACGGAACGCAAAUGCACUAGAGACAAAUGCCCUAUCUCUAACACCGGGUUGUGUUUACGACGAAAUGCAGUGUACCAGCUCACGUGGAACAGCUGCGAUCAGCAAUACAUUGGUACAAGAGAGAUCAUUCUCUUGUGAUUGCUAACACGACACGCUUCAUCCAUGCACGACCGCGUAAACGAACAUCUCAAUAAUGAAAACUCCUCUGUGAAAAAAAACAUAUCUACCCCUGCCAGAACAAAGACUAUGAAUGCAUUGAAGUCAAGAUUAUUAUAAGCGAAACGACUCCGCUAAUCUACUCCUUUAUGAAGCAUUUUUAAUUAGAAGGUGCAAGCCUACACUCAAUUCCCGGGAGGAAUGUACUCAACUAGUGAAUUUGCAGACCUUCUAUUUUAGUAUUUAAUGGCCUUUUUACAUGGAGGUGGGGGACCCCAGGUAAGUGAGGUAAAAUAUGGCGGGUCACCCCACCUAUCAUGUAAACGUGAUCAAAUUAAAAUGAUAGAUUAUAUGGACAAACGGGUUACCCCACCUAAGCUGGUUACCUCACCUACCUGGGGUCCCCCACGUCCAUGUAAACAGGCCCUUAGAGACCAUUCUUAACCGCUUUUAGAUGUCCUUUGUCCAGAGACGUUCCAUCAUUAGAGCUUUGUAUUCCAUUCACAGUUUAUUUCUAUAGCUUCCAUACAUACGUCACAUCUUUUACAAAUUUCACCCUACACCUUUUCUGCAUUUAUAUACCACGCGCCGAAAAUUUUCUUAUCCCUGAUGAUGCCGUUGAUCUGCGAAAGCUUGGAUUUUAUUUAUUUUAAACGGCAGUGUAAGGCCUCAUUAGAACAGUUUUAUACUUUGUAACUUUGUUGUAACAAAUAUGAGAUAACUAAAUUGCUUACGACUCUUUUAAAGCCAUCAUAUGAUUCAGAUUCAGUCACAGGAUCACUUAAAUUAUUUCAAUCCCUAAUUGUUGUAGCAAAGAAACUGAUGAACUUGUAAGUAUUUGCCGAUGCAUUAGGAGGGUUAAAUGAAUUUCGUAGGAUUAUACUGGCGGGUGGUUCUUCCCUAAAACUCCUUUAACCCGCGUACGUUCUACCUACCACUACAGUACAUUUGAAACGGCUCCCUCAUAAUAACAUAAUCAUAUUUAAAAAACAUUAUAUUACUUCUGAUCUUUCCCUUUUCAGCCGGCCAGCAUUAUGCAACAGGGGAGCUUUAGGUUCCCAGAUAAUUGCCCGGAUGCCGAUUGUGAUUUUCUCGUGACAUACCAAGCCUCUGGUGAUAACAGUGUGGUUUUUGAACUAAGAGGCAGAGGAAACUGGGCAGGAGUGGGAUUCAGUGGUGAUAACCAAAUGGUAAGUAACCUUAAUCUUGAGGAUUAACUUAUCUGUAGAGGCAGGGCAUAUAAAGGAAGUAGUGAAAGACGGCUGCAUCAUGAGCAAAUUUCUCGCAUCCAUAAAUUCAAAAAAUAGAGGUUGUUUUAUAAGAGUGUUUCAAUGGUUUGGAGGCACUCGCGGGUAGCGGUUAAUAAUUUGUCUUAGUUGUUAAUGCUAAAAAUUACUUUUUUCUCUACUGAAGUUAACAGAAACUAACCUGACAAAAGUCAGUUGUUCCAAAAGUUAAAAAAAUGUUAAUUCAAUAGUCCCCAAAUUCACUUUUUAAUAUUUGUAGUUCUCUUAGGAUCUUUCCCAGAUAAAAAAGGCUGAAACAGGCUACCACCAGCCAAACGGGGACGAAUCACAUACAGCCUGCGAGCAUACAAUCGACUCUUUCUGAAUGGCACGUUACGGUUAGAAAAGGUUAAACAGUAAACGUUUUCUUAACCACUAACAGUUAGCAUUUUUCCUUUUUUACGCCCAACUACUAAUAAUUUCAGCCCUGUUGGGGCCCUUUCUAACUCUUGCCUGGGUUUGAUUUUAUCUCGUUUUUCUACAGCCUGAUACAGACAUACUUAUUUGCGCCAGUGAAACCUCUCUAAGUGGCCAUUAUUACGCAUCCGGUAGAACAAGACCAACUAGGACAGAUCCGGUGAGUCACUUGUUGCUUUUCGUUGGCGAUAUGGCCUCCUAAACGUUGCUGAACAUCAUCCCUUGCCUUUAAUUAGUUUUCAUCAUAUUUAUUUAGCAUGUGGUUAUCCCAAGGUAGUGCGGCCGCCUUCUCUACUUCUUUGAUUCCAAAGCUCAUCACCAUUAUCGUUUUUCUUUAACUAUAUAAGCACGUGCGAAAUUUUCAUUUUCAUGUUUUAGAUAUUUUAAAGCACACAGUAGUCACAACCGCAUAUUUUUAUACAGUUUUAUCACGAAAGUAAAAUAAAGCAAUCAAUGUCUUGAGAACAUUUGUGUACGUUUAACAAAACGUUUUGUUUUAAAAUUUAAAGAAAAAGGUGACUGAGAAACAUGAUAUAAAGGAAAAAUAGAGCCAGUCAAGCAAUAAAUUAACGAGGUACCGCGUUGAAUCAUCAGAUCAACUCACACUUGCCAAAACGAUAUAUUUUUUAUAGACUCCACUCGCUGUAGAAAUCGCUGAACAAUCAUUUAAUGGUGGCGUGGUGUCUUGCAGGUAACUUAUCAUCACCAUCUUCAUCAUUAUCAUAGACCUCAUUAUCAAUGAAAUCAUGACUAUAAAUAUUUGUCAUGAUUAUCGUAUUCUCAAAACUAUUGUACCAUGUAAUGCAAUUAUGCAAAUCAGUGAAGGGUAUAGAGGACUGAUAGAUUAAGGGAUUUUUAAUUAUAUGCAAAAUUCACUUCACAGUUUAAAAAAAAAUUGAACAAUCGCGAAAUUUAUUUAGUACUUGUUUUUAAAAUUCCUGUGAUUUUGCUGGGGCUAGCCUCUGGUACAUGCUGAAGAAUGCAAAUUUUUUUUGGUCUUUAUUAUGUCUCCUUUACAGGAGCGUAAUUCCUGAAAACAUUUUUAUGAUCAUUAAAUCGGGAUGACUUAUAAGCUUUUCGCAUUAUAUUAGUGUCUUUGCGCACAUAUUUCUUUUACUAUGCCAUAAACAGACGGCAAUAAACGUUAAUUAGCAAUUAAUGAAUUCGGCUUGCGUAGGAUAUGAAGAAUUAAGCAGAUCGAGAAGGGUGUUAUCCUCAGAGGCCGAAGGCCGAGGUGGAUGACACCCUCUUCAAUCUGCUUAAUUCUUCAUAUUCUACGAAAGCCGAAUUUAUUAUUCAUUCAAAGUAAUUCCUAGUUUAAAAACAUAGGUAAAACAUGCUUACCUGCAUCGAUGUUAAGUUUAUCUUCGAUAGUUUACGUUUAGGUUUGUCCAGCUCCGCAAAUAUUCUCCUAAUACCAGAUGUCGCCCUCCGAAUUGUAUUCUUGCUGUUUUUGUUAUGUUUUUAGCCAUUAUUUCGCCUAGUUCCAGCUGUAGUUAUUGCUCUUGAAACGAGUGAAGCGUCUGCCAUUUCAGUUUUCACAACGAAAACAACUCAAACUCGUCCCCAGGUCUUCUCGGUUAACGGCACAUUAACCUGUAGAAGGCUGCAUUUUUGACGUAUUUCCUCGUUAAACACAAAAUUCUUCCAAAUUUGGUCAUCAGUAACUGGUUAUGGUGAAUUAUGCGUGUGCUUUUAGCCAAUCAGAAUAAUUGGGGAAAUAUUUUGAAUGAAUAAUAACAGAUAUUAACAGCCCCAGGCGAACGUUUCAAACUCUAAUCUGGGUCGACUUAAAUGAAAUUAAGAUCGUCAGUUAGGUCAGACGUCGCAUUUAGGACGCGUCGAAUCAAUAAACUGAAUCAGACCAAAAAGCAAUCUAAAUAACUUUUCUUUGGUGCCGGAGACGAUCUUUAGAAGUUCAGACGGAUACAACGUGUUGGACGAUCGAAACUCAUUCAUGAACUUAAUUCAGUAAGUUUGGUUCGUCUCUAGGCCUAACAGUGGGGUAAAAAAACGUACCCUUUACCUCCACCCCACGGUGUAAACCUCACCAUUUUCCUUCAUAUUCAAUUACUGUAAGCGUUCUGCAAAAAGCAAAAAAGGAAUUGUUGAUACCCUUAAUUCAAAUACUUUCUAGGGGAGCAUGCCCCCAGACCUCCUAGUUUAAAGCGCAGUUGACUCUCUAACUUUCUUCCCGUGCGUACAUAAAAUCUUACGUUUCACCCCUGCUUUGCAGUUAGGUUUAGAUAUUUAGUUUUUGUUAGGAUAACAUAACAAGGGAUUAUCAGUGAAGACUAGAUCGGUGGUGAUUUUUUUAUGGACAAUGGACUUAGGUCGAUUUACGAUAUUACCGGUAUACGACCAUUUACGACAUCUCAAACCGUAAUAGAAAAACAUACGCCUCGUUCACUGUCUUACUUUCAAAGCCUACUCAAGCCAAAGGUGGGCUACGAGGUCAUCCAAAAGGGAAAUUUUUGACUUUCUACUCACCUAAUCAUACUACUUUAAAUUUUAUGCGCAUAGAUAGGUAAGUCAAUCCUACAACCAUUCCCCAAGAUGUAAACUAGUGAUGUCGCAGUUGUGUUACUGUCUUAUAGAAUUACAAGGGAAGUAAAUCCGGGAUUAGCGAAUUUUAGAAAUCUAGCAGAGCAGCAGUUUCUGUUGGGAGCAAUCGGUGGCUUAAGCGGUAAGCACAUAUCUGAUACGUUAAUUGACAAAUUUUAAGUUCCAAAUUACGAGAUUAAACAAUGGAAUAGAUUUUAUCUUAGUUGUCUUGCAAUUUUCUGCUGCCCAAAAGACACCAAAUGUCCCGUUAUUACAGCAUUAUUCUGCAGCAUUUUUAUUAGGGAGCAAUUUCACUUAAGGCUUGCUUGAUUCACUCAGUAACUUCCCUUGGAACUUGCCUCCCAUGCGUCGCCAAAAAAAAUUGAUCAAUUAUAGGAAAAAGGAAUAAUUCUCGUACUACGUCUUAUAAAUUAUAAUUGUUGCCAUAUGAAUAAGAACUAGUACGAUAUAAUGUUGUUCAGGGUUCUCACAUUAGUAUGAGCUUGGGUGGUUUCGCCUAUUUAGCAACCUUUUUUAAGGCAAGUUUCAAGCUCUUUGUCUUGGUCGAAAUAACUAAAUAUUGGGUACACUGACAUCUUGCUGUUGAGGACUUUCAGUGAUAAACCCAUUGGUGACUGUCUAAGACAGUUUACAGUGGUACUUCAGAUUUACAAGAGCUUCUCUCUGAUUUAACAGGUGCCACAAUCGGGAUUCAUAGCGACAGACGUGCGUCGGCUUCUGUAAUAGAUGUAAGGUCAGGUGCAGAUGCUGCUGGAAAUAACGCUAUAGAGGCAAUGGUCCUUGCUCACGGUAUGCUAAAUACCAUGGUUGUCUUUGUACAAAAUGAAAAGCCAGUCAUGUGGUUUUAAAUAUUAAAUACGGGCCACAGGGCUAAUAGGGAUUUUAAGCAAAUCGGUCUGUUGCGUAAUCGCUACUACAUGAGUAUAAAAUUCGACUUUCCCCCUACCAUUUAGAUCACUGGUUUUAAAACCUAUCAAAGAUCGUUUUUCACUUUAUAAAGAAAGUUUUUGAAGCUUCUGGUUUUCCAGUAAUUACAUCCUUCCCGCGUGUAAUUAACAGCGACAACAGGGGAGGUUGGACAGAAGUUCGCAAAGGAUCAUGGGACGAAUUAUUAAGUAGCUCAGUUACAACGAAACCGUCGAGCUAGACGGACCACCGUGAUGCACGCCUUUUUGCCGAUUUUAGCCAUAAUUGUGCUAGCAUUCUGAAUAUUUUCGCACAAAAAGUUUAUCGUAUCAAAGAUGUUAUAAAUUCCUCACGGCUAAGUUGUUGAGAUGUCUUUAAAACAAGCCAUUUGGCGUCGUCGAAAGUUAGUCGGCUUGUGGCUUGCAAACAAAGCGAGCUGUGUCAACUAAGUGCGUUCACCUUUCUAGACAGCAAAGGUUAUUGCGAAUACACAUUCAACUGACCGAUUAAGAAUUCGAAUGAUGGUUAGCAGAGUAAUGGGCAAGGCAAACGUCCCACAGAUUUGAGAUUACAAUUUAGUAUCUAUCGAUAACUUAGUUUUAAUUGAUCGAUGGUCCUCUUGAGUUCAUUCUUUUGAUUGCUCAUUUGUAGUUUACAAGAUAAGUAAGCUUAUAUUUCGAUUCUUGAAGACUUUGUCAAGGACUGAAGUCAUAAGUAAAGGUGUAUCUGAAUGAAUGCUAGGUACAUAAAACACAGCUUUGGCGAACGUAAGUUUUCUCUUGGACUGGACUACUUCAUAAUUGGAAGCAAGAAAACUCUGAGUAAAUUCCUCAUAAAAAUCUAUUAAUUUUAGAAUUGUCGACAUGGGCUUCCCAAAGAGAAAAGAAAAUCACAUGCAUUUCCAAUGAUACAGAUAUGAGAUUCUCUCGCUUUCUCAGUCCUUUGAGCGAUGACUACACUUCCAUUUCAGCAUAUUUUUUAAAAUAUGCUGAAAUAGUGCCAUUUUUUCUUUUAUAUCGAGGUCCCAGCCAUGCAUGACCCCAUUUCCUCCAUCAUAAAUAUUACAUUAACAGGUGACUGAAUGAACAGUAUUUCAGGGACAGCAUUUUUGUUUAAAAGACUCAGUGUAGUGGUUUUAUUUAGUGUAGUAGUGGUAUAAAUAUCCCUUACAGAAUGAUAUCCAGUGGUUGGAGAAAUAGUGGUAAAAAAAUGAGAGAACCAUCCAGCAUUAGGCAUCUCCGACUGCCAAGAAGAUCACCAUCACUAAUUGUGUUCAAUAUCUGGAGAAGAAAAGAAAUUACUGUUUUUUCACCCAUGUCUGGAAACAUUGUGAAUACUCAUGCGAGACUUAUUGUUCUCAUCCCUUACCCACUGUUCAAGAUAGGAAAUGUCUCUGACCAAAAGCACAAAAAAGCGAAUACAGUAAAAAUCUGCAACUAAAUAACCUGGUUGUUAAAAGCCUACCAGUGUUAGGCUAAAAUUUGUCUGUUAGGCCCCCUCUAUACAAGAACCUGUUAAGCCCAAUAUUUAAAAACAGGUUCUUAUUUUCUAAAAUCUGUUUAAAAAAAUUCUGUACACUUGGGCAAAUAAGAUAUGUCAACAUUCGGCACAGGUGCCUUAUCACUGCGGACUAUGCCUAUCAUACUGUAAUAUGUAAUGGUACCACUGAAUGGUCUUUGCUUGAAUCUAUUUUUUCUUCAGAAAAUAAGAACCCAUCCUCGGAGACCCAGGGGCCUAAUUUUGUGCUAAUUAACAUUUUAAAAGUAAUAAUGGAUACUCAGAUUUGCCAGGACUUGAAAAUCUGUGGUAUGCCUACUCGCUGCAAAAAAAGAAAACCUGUUAAAAUAUAUAAAUACCCUGGAGAGUAACAGAUCUGAUUAAUUUUCACCGUCUUUGAAUAAGAAAUCUGGAGGAAUAGAAAAACUAAAAGUCAACUAAUUGCUCUGCUCUCUGCUACAAAAAAUAUCAGUCAGGCAUGUAGUCAAAGAUUAGUUUCAUAAUUAUGUACUUUAUGAUACAUGUAGGACAACAACUACUUUGAUUCUUUUACUACAUUUAUAAGAUGGCAUUUUUUAUUCUCCUUCUUAACAGUUUAACUUCAUAAAAGGUAAUAAUAUGCACGGCAUGUUUACCAAAUCUCAGAAACAAUUAUUGUAUCAAGCAAUAAUGAGUUAUCUAUUGUUCAGGAUGUAUCUCUUUGGCCUUGUGCUUGUAAAUCUAGAAAGAAAAGAAAUCACAAGAAAAACUUGAUUAGGAAUUUCCUCCAGCGUCCCAAACAAAAUUAAAAGCUCCCAUAUGAAGAAAGCAAAGAGAGUGUACUUGCACACUAGCUCAAUGUUAUUACUGUAGCCUUACACACUACAGAUGUAUAGGCAAAAUCAAACGUGGCCAAAUAUGCUCCCAAAACUGAAGAGAGCUCAUAUGACCCCCCUUUGAGCGAUGACACACAACUUAAUCUACGUGAGAAAACGAUAAACUGUACUCACUAUUACAAAAACUAAAAUGACGAAGACUGAUUGUGAGGAUUUACGAUGAGAAUGUGGGGGGGGGGGACGGCGAGGUUCGACCCUACAAACUGGAAGAUCAAUAUUUUUUCUUAAAAGGUUUGUGAAAAGUAGACCAAUAGAGGCACGGAGAAGCGAAAGACUCGCACUUCAAAUUGUAUCACUCAAACCACCCAAGAUGAGCAGCCAUUUUGGAAUGUUGAGCAUAGCUCGAUGAAAAAAAACACUAAAACUCCACUCACCUUAAAGAUUUUCGCAUCAAUACAAUCAAGAGGGCCAAGCUAAACCAGCAGAAGAAUUUCUUCACGAAUCGAUGACGGAAAAAGAGGAAAAAAACCAAAUUAUUGAGGCGAACUAUGCUUGGAAUAUUCAUCUCACGAUCUACAGCAAGAUGGCUUUUCUCAAUCGUGAUUGGUCGAAAUUGCUCCCGUGAACCUUUGCAAACUGCACUCCAACCUCUUCUGCAGCGACAACAAAUAAGUGGGAAACCCCGUGGUCACUGUUUGGACGCCGCGCUACGGUGCUAAUAAACUCGAUUUAUUUUGACAUAAACUCUAAAGUAUAUGGUCACAGAAAAGGGAACGGAACUGAAUGUGAUAUACCACACUAUACACACACCGUGGCUUUUUUUAAUCAUGGUGGCGAGCUGUGUAUCCGGAGUAUUCAAUCGAUAAAAAUCGGUAUCGAUUUAUCAAUCUAUAAAUUUGAUUUGAUUGAUAUCAAUUGUAUCGAUCAAUCAGUAGAAAUCGAUGACACACUCGUUUCGUUCAUCGAUUAAUAUCUUGAUUUUUACCGAUCUCAUCGAUUUAUUUCGUAAGAUACAUCUGUUCAUCUGUUCAUCAAAAAAUGAAAACUGAAUUCAUGCAAACAGUAAAUUUAUUGACUUUUGAGUUGAAAGAGAAAGGAUCAAACAUUUAUCACUAUUUAAAGAAAUCUUUAAAACAAUCUUAUCUUUUCUUUAAAUAUAUUGGCUAGGUUUGUAGGGGCCGAUCUGCCACCCUUUCAAAAUAACGUCGUUGUAGUUCCAGGUGUAAUCCUUCAUGAAGGAACGGCCUCCGAGACACCGAGGCAUUAAGUGGUGUUAGCAAUCCGGUUAUCUGGUGUUAUAUUAUUAUUUUGGUUAUUUGGUCUUCAGCAUCUGUCGUCAUUAGUGGAAAGAUAGUAAAGGUACAGUAAACACCCGUAUAUAAGAACAAAUGGAUUAAGAACACCAGGCUGAAGUUUAGCCAAUAAAGCCCCAUUUUUACAAGAACAAGAUCAGCCUGAAAAUUGUAACAUGUUCUUAUAAAAUGGAAAAAGUGUCGUAAUUACAAAACAUGUAAGUUUAUGCUUGCUGUCAGAUAACUUUAUUUGUUGAUAUAAUCAAAUUACAGAAUAAUUGUUUAUUUUGUUUUCCUAAAAUAUGCUAAAUACAGGGUGUCCCAAAAGUUCCUUCCUCUGCUUUAUAAGUCUGUAUUCCAGUACGAUUGGACUUGGUAAGCAAAUCAUUUCAACAGAAGGUGUGCCUUUCAAUAUAAUUCACUAUUUUCAUACUUCUUGUGCCAUCUUUUGACUCGAAUAUUCGAUUUGUGUACUUCCGCGCAAAAGGUGCGCGUGCGCGAGUAUAUUUUCCAGCCACAUAUUUUUUGUAUUUCAUAGCCCGAACUGCUCUAACUCCUUCCUUGUUUCUUGUGAAUAUCACGAAAGAUAAACCCCCUUAACACAAAAACGUUCAGCUGCGUGAGACCAUAAGCCUGUAUACUUCGAUUUACUGGCUUAUCUGUUGUAGAAAUUUCUAAAAAUCCCGUAAAAUCCGAAUGUUGGGUGGUAGAAUGAUCAUAGAGAAAUGAAGGUUAUGAAGGCAAGGAACUAACUGGAAGACCAAAAGCCCUUAAUAAGGCAGCUAAAAUAGUUUUAAAGAAGGCUAGAUGCAAAUAGGAGACUCGACAAGGAAGCUCAGUCUCACAUAGUUAGCAACCCAAAUAAAAGGGUCAUGAAAAGCUGUUUAAAAUGUUUAAAAUUAGAGGCCCCUGAGAUGGCAAAAAAACCUCUGCUUAGUCUGCCAAUUAACGCCCAGCUCGUUUCAAAUUUGUAAAGAAGUACAAAAGCCUUGCUGUGGAAGGAAGCCGGGAUGAUUAUCUUGUUUGUCUAAACUAACCAAAUUUUGUUUGAGGGUUGAACUGGAUCCUGCGCACCAGGUGAUCAAAAAGCUCAAAAUGGAUCAUUUGUGGGUCAACACGCUGUAUCCCACUUCAUGCCGCAACGGCUACAGAAUGUGAUAAAAAAACAAAAAGGGCAUGCCAGUUACUGAAAUUCUGAAUACAUGUACUUGAUAGAGAAAUAAACAUGUUCUAGAAAUUUCAUGUAGAAAUAAAGUUUUGAUCAAAAGUUACAGUGCAUGAAAUUAGCGGAUCGAACUCUUGGACACCCUGUAUACCUCUAGCAACACGUUUUUGGAUAGUAUCACUAAAUAAAAAAUCAAGAACAUUUUAAGAACAUUUUGAGGCUGAUUUGUCAUUAAGCACCCGAUAAAUAAGAACUUAAUCAGCCUGACCUCCAAAAUGGUGUGUUCUUAUAUGCGGUUGUUUACUGUUUUCUAAAUUUCAUUAACGCAGGCUGGUUAUGAAGAAUUUGCCAGGUAAUUAAGAUCCAUCAGAAACGGGGGGAGAUUCGCAGUCCGCGCAUUAAAAUAACGGCUUAAGAGAACCAAAAUAGCAUGACUUAUAAAUUGACCAAUAGAGUUCAGACAGAUUUCAAAGCAUUGCUAAAAUUUUCUUCAUAUUUUUUUUUACUUGUGUUUACACAACGCAAUUAGGUAUUCUGAUGACCCUUGCUUGGCUUCUCUUUGCUUUUGUUGGUUUAUUUACGGCAAGAUACAUGCGUCAAGUUUGGGAACCAACAAAACUGCUAGGAGAAAAAGCUUGGUUUACGGUUAGUAAUUAUGGAAAAGAUAAUAACACUCAGAGUCUGACUUUAACAUCUGAUCUAGACUGGCACAGUAGAAACGCCUGAGAAAUUAAAAGUAAGAAAUUAACAAAUUAAUUAUAUUUUUAUUCUGUUCAGAAGGGAAAGUUCUAUUUCAGUCGAACUUUUUACCCUACGUUUAAACACACGACACAAACAACAGUGUUUAUGUUUUACUGGUAAAACGUUAGCACGUCCAGUGUGAGUGUUUUCGGCAGCUUUAUAAACGUUCCCGGAGUAUUCCACAGGAAUGCCAAAAAAACUAUUUCGAUUCUUUUUUUAAAACGUGUUGAUUGAAAAAUGUGGGAAAAAAAGUAGCCAGAAUAACUAAGGCUGUUGAGAUAUAGUUUAGCAAAAAAAAAAGGCCUGUUUACGCGGAGGUGGGGGACCCCAGGUAGGUGAGGUAAUCUACUUAGGUGGGGAACCUACCUGGGGUCCCCCACCUCUAUGUGAAGAGGCCCUAAUAGCCUCUCGCUAUAGAAAAGAAAUAAAUUGUAAUGUUGGUUUUCAAUGGCACGCCAUCAAAAAUGAGGACGGGGCGUUAAUUUGGUCUUAUUUUCCGCAUAACAAUGAUAUGCAGUAACUGUAUUUGUUUAGUUCGUUUUAUUCGACGGGUUCAUCGAACGCUGAUGAUUAUAACAUUGCUACUGACGAUCACUGGAACCAUUGUGAUUUUUGUUUUUAUAGAUGGCUAUUCAUCGGUAAGUUUUUUCGUUAUCGCUCUGGGCAUAAAGAGAUUCAGGAAGCCUUCAUAUGUACUACUACUACUACUACUACUACUACUACUACUACUACUACUACUACUACUACUACUACUACUACUACUACUACUACUACUACUACUACCACCACCACAACCACAACCACAACCACAACCACAACCACAACCACAACCACCACCAACAACCACAACAACCACCACCACCACCACCACCACCACCACCACAACCACAACCACAACCACCACCACAACCACCACCACAACCACCACCACCACCACCACCACUACUACACCACUACCACU